AUGUACUGGAGCAAGGGUUCCCCAUUCAAGUCCCUCAGUGCUGUCCUGUCUGCUGGUGCUGCCAAGGUGCUACCUCUCACCAGUCAAAGUUCACAUUCCAGGUGGUCUUUUUCUCCAGCCAAGCUGUGCGUCUUAGAAGACUGCUAUAUCGUAUUAAUGUAGUUUCUUGAGACAUCACACACUUCUCUCAGCGUUGUGAGAUAUAUCGUCUCUGCAGAAUGACUGCAGAAAAGAUCACCAUUGCAUAUAAUUUGUAUUCUAUGCUAGAAUGAGAGUAAUGGCAAUGUCGUCUUGUCAGAGAGAGAACAUGGGGAAUUGGCUGAGGUAGAGGAAGGCGAUGUUGGUAGAAGCAUGGCUGUGGGUAGACGAGAGCAGAAUGCAUCUGAUGGCUGGGUGAUCUAAGCAUACAUGGUCAACUGGAGCCACUGUAACGAGAGGACAGGAGAUGAAAGAAACAGAAGAGGACGAGUUAAUGGAGUGAAUUCCCCUUUGUAGGGACGUGAUGUGACCUUUGUAGCACAGUGGCCUACUGGGCUUACCUCGAGGACGUUGAGCUUGAUUAUACCGUCUCCGUCUCUGUCAAAGGCAUGGAACGUCCCUGCGAAGAGACCCCUUACAGAUCAAACAGUACCUCUACCAGUGGAGGCUGCUGAGGGGAGGACGGAUCAUAAUAAUGGCCGGAAUGGAGCAAAUGGAAUGGCAUAAACACAUGGAAACCAUGUGUUUGAUACCAUUCCACCAAUAGCGCUCCAGCCCUUACCACGAGUCCGUCCUCCCCAAUUAAGGUGCCACCAACCUCCUGUGACAUCCACAUUUUUGUCAUUUUAGCAGAUACUCUUAUCCAGAGCAACUUACAGUUAGUGAGUGCAUAUAUUUUCAUACUGGCCCCCCCGUGGGAAUCGAACCCACAACCCUGGCGUUGCAAGCUCCAUGCUCUACCAACUGAGCUACACGUGACCUCCACCUAUCUUUCUCUGUUUUCUCUGACUCUUAUUCAAUGAGACAUGAAUGCGUGUUGAUGUUUCUGGUGGAAUUUACAUUAAUCAAACCAGUGUGUACUUACUGAACAUGCCCUCUAGCCUGACGAAGCAGCAGAUGAAGCUGUCAAAGUCGAUAUUGAGGUGCUCGUCAGCGUAGCGCAUGGUGAUGAUGUCAUACAGCUGGUUGUUUAGACGGAACCCUAAGUGGGAUGGAGGGAAAAAAAGUGGAAUGGAUACAAGAUGAAGGAUUUGCUGUAACGACAGUGGAAGAUAUUUUAAUGUUUUUUUUUCAUGUGCAAAGUACAGUAAAAUGCCUUGCAUGCUCUUUCCCAACAAUGCAAUAAUCAAUAUACUGUAUGUAGUACAACAAAAAAAUACAAAAGUCAAGAACAACUGUGAUGGAAAAUGUUCUCGUGUGAAGAGACAGCCUUGAAAAAGUUAAUUUUGUAUUUCGUGUCGUAAAUAAUCCUUGGUUCCUGCCUGUGCUUGGUAAAGAUAUGAGGGGGGGGUGACAUGACCCCCUCCUUAAAACCAUCUGGCAGAAUGCCCAGAAUAUGUUCUAUAAGUUAAGAUAGGAGACGGAGCCAGACACAUGCAGGAACCAACCCUAUGAACCAUGCAAAUACAACUUCUCUGUAAGCAGUAUAUAAGAGAACUAACGGGACUUUUAAGCAGGUCAACAUUCACAAGGCCGCAGAGCCAGACGGAUUACCAGGACGCGUACUCCGAGCAUGCGCUGACCAACUGGCAAGUGUCUUCACUGACAUUUUCAACAUGUCUCUGACUGAGUCUGUAAUACCAACAUGUUUCAAGCAGAUCACCAUAGACCCUGUGCCCAAGAACACUAAGAUAACCUGCCUAAAUGAGUACCGACCCGUAGCACUGACGUCUGUAGACUUGAAGUGCUUUGAAAAGCUGAUCAUGGCUCACAUCAACACCAUUAUUCCAGACCCACUGAAUUUGCAUACCACCCCAACAGAUCCACAGAUGAUGCAAUCUCUAUUGCACUCCACACUGCCCUUUCCCACCUGGACAAGAGGAACACCUACGUGAGAAUGCUAUUCAUUGACUACAGCUCAGCGUUCAACACCAUAGUGCCCUCAAAGCUCAUCACUAAGCUAAGGACCCUGGGACUAAACACCUCCCUCUGCAACUGGAUCCUGGACUUCCUGACGGGCCGCCCCCAGGUGGUAAGGGUAGGUAACAACAUCUGCCACGCUGAUCCUCAACACAGGGGCCCCUCAGGGGUGCGUGCUCAGUCCCCUACUGUACUCCCUGUUCACCCAUGACUGCAUAGCCAGGCACGACUCCAACACCAUCAUUAAGUUUGCAGACGACACAACAGUGGUAGGCCUGAUCACCGACAACGAUGAGACAGCCUAUAGGGAGGAGGUCAGAGACCUGGCCGUGUGGUGCCAGGAUAACAACCUCUCCCUCAACGUGAUCAAGACAAAGGAGAUGAUUGUGGACUACAGGGGAAAAAAAGAGGACUGGGCACGCCCCCAUUCUCAUCGACGGGGCUGUAGUGGAACAGGUUGAGAGCUUCAUGUUCCUUGGUGUCCACAUCACCAACAAACUAUCAUGGUCCAAACACACCAAGACAGUCGUGAAAAGGGCACGACAAAGCCUAUUCCCCCUCAGAUCCUCAAAAAGUUCUACAGCUGCACCAUCGAGAGCAUUUAAUUAUUUGUAUUUUUUACUUCACUUACAGUGAGGGAAAAAAGUAUUUGAUCCCCUGCUGAUUUUGUACGUUUGCCCACUGACAAAGAAAUGAUCAGUCUAUCAUUUUAAUGGUAGGUUUAUUUGAACAGUGAGAGACAGAAUAACAACAACAAAAUCCAGAAAAACGCAUGUCAAAAAUGUUAUAAAUUGAUUUGCAUUUUAAUGAGGGAAAUAAGUAUUUGACCCCUAUGCAAAACAUGACUUAGUACUUGUUGGCAAUCACAGAGGUCAGACGUUUCUUGUAGUUGGCCCAUUUUCAAUGCCCUGGCUGAGGGAAGGAGGUUCUCACCCAAGAUUUGACCGUACAUGGCCCCGUCCAUCGUCCCUUUGAUGCGGUGAAGUUGUCGUGUCCCCUUAGCAGAAAAACACCCCCAAAGCAGAAUGUUUCCACCUCCAUGUUUGACGGUGGGGAUGGUGUUCUUGGGGUCAUAGGCAGCAUUCCUCCUCCUCCAAACACGGCGAGUUGAGUUGAUGCCAAAGAGCUCAAUUUUGGUCUCAUCUGACCACAACACUUUCACCCAGUUCAAUUUAAAGUCAAUUUAAAUGAUUCUGUAUAAAAAUAAAUAAUAAAACCAAUAAAACUGAACAAUAAAAAAAAGUACCCAUAGUCUUAUGAGAAAGCUAUUCACUAGUCUUAUGGUGAGAAGACUAGAGCGAGGGCGAGUAACGGUACCAUGGAAAGCCCCGCUGACAGCUGUCUGUAGGUAGUGUCUACGUGGUCUGCAGCCACUACUAAUAGCACGUGGUGUUAUUAUAUAUGUAUAGGAGGUAGCGGCAAGAGAACUUGUUGAAGAUACAUAUGGUGCAUAGGAAGUAAUAACAAGAGAAUCGUUGAAGAUGCACAUGGGGUAAUAAGGGAGAUUACCGAGUGUGUUUGGGAAUAGUACUAAGUGAAUGUGGAUGUGAAAGUUGUGUGAGUGUGGAAAGGACGUGUUGAUCUGAUUGAAAUGUGGAUAUUACGCUGAUUGACAUUUGUAUAACAAGAUAAUUGAAAUGUGGAUAAUAAGCUGAUUGAAAUUUGGAUAAUAAGAGGUUUGAAAUUUUGCUAUUAAGUACUGAGUGAGUGAGAGCUGUCAGGGGACGAGCUCCGAUGUGAAAGAGUUGAAUGAACACCCCAAACAAUUGUGUGAGCUGAGUUUUUUUAAUCUAUAAUGUCAUCUACGGUUCUGUCCACCACUGCCAGUCGGAUCUACAGGUAGAGGAUAACAUGUCUCAGGAUCCCAAUCGAGGGUAACAUGUCUCAGAGGAUAACAUGUCUCAUUAGUAAUGAGGAUAACAUAACAUGUCUCAUUAGAGGAUCACAUGAUAACACGUCUCAUUAGUAACGAGGAUAACAUGUCUCAGGAGGGUAACAUGAUAACACGUCUCAUUAGUAACGAGGAUAACAUGUCUCAGGAGGGUAACAUGUCUUAUUAGUAAUGAGGAUAACAUGUCGCAGGAGGGUAACAUGACUCAUUAGAGAUAGCGAGGAUAACAUGUCUCAUCAGUGGAGUUUGAUGGUAUAUAAAAAAGAAACGUCCUCUCACUGUCAACUGCAUUUAUUGUGCCCAUAGGCGACAUUGUUGCCAGUGAUGUCUGGUGAGGACCUGCCUUACAACAGGGCUACAAGCCAUCAGUCCAGUCUCUCUCAGCCUAUUGCGGACAGUCUGAGCACUGAUGGAGGGAUUGUGCGUUCCUGGUGUAACUUGGGCAGUUGUUGCCAUCCUGUACCUGUCCCACAGGUGUGAUGUUCGGAUGUACCGAUCCUGUGCAGGUGUUGUUACACGUGGGCUGCCACUGCGAGAACGAUCAGCUGUCCGUCCUGUCUCCCUGUAGUGCUGUCUUAGGCGUCUCACAGUACGGACAUUGCAAUUUAUUGCCCUGGCCACAUCUGCAGUCCUCACGCCUCCUUGCAGCAUGCCUAAGGCACAUUCACGCAGAUGAGCAGGGACCCUGGGCAUCUUUCUUUUGGUGUUUUUCAGAGUCAGUAGAAAGGCCUCUUUAGUGCCCUAAGUUUUCAUAACUGUGACCUUAAUUACCUACCAUCUGUAAGCUGUUAGUGUCUUAACGACCGUUCCACAGGUGCAUGUUCAUUAAUUGUUUAUGGUUAAUUGAACAAGCAUGGGAAACAGUGUUUAAACCCUUUGCAUUUUACAUUUACAUUUUAGUCAUUUAGCAGACGCUCUUAUCCAGAGCGACUUACAGUUAGAGUGCAUACAUUUUUUCAUUUUUAUAAUUUACAAUGAGGAUCUGAAAUUAUUUGCAUUUUUACAAAUUAUCUUUGAAAGACAGGGUCCUGAAAAAGGGACAUUUCUUUUUUUGCUGAGUUUAGUUAUUAUGUGUGUGGAGAUAUGAAAGGAGAAAGUACUAUUCCCGAAUAUGCUGUUACUAGAGAUAGUAACAUAUGAAGAGUAUAAUGGGUUACUAGAGAUUUGAUGAAGUAACAAUAGAAAAAAUAAUAUACAACUUGCACACCCACACGUAGACGUACGUAAGUGGUGUAAAAAGUAUUAAGAUAAAUUAAUAGUAUAAUGGGUUACUAGAUUUGAUAAAGUAACAACGUAUCAAUGUAUAAUGGGUUACUAGAGUUUAACUUGCUUGGUAGAGACUUAUUAUGGACAGAGCACGCCAUCUAUAGGAGACUGAUACAGUGCCAGCCCAGUUAUAGUGAAAGUUGAUCCCAGAAAUGUGAUCUCUUCCCUUCUGAAUUAGCCGAUGCAUUUUAUAAAUUCGGCGCAUUACAUGUUAAUCUCAAAAUAAGACAUUUAAUAAGUGUGAAGCAGAAAGUGAAUAUCCAACAGAAAUUGGUAGUAAAUAUUAAAGAGUAACAUUGUUUGUUUUUUUGGGGGGGGGGGAUGGAUCAGCUUAAUAUUGCAGAUAGAUUUUAUCUUCUAUCAAUGUAAUUGUCUGCAUCACUUCCAAUCCCCCAUGUUUUUUAUAUAUAUACUCCCCUUUAUUAAUUUUCAACCCCGCCAUCCUUUCCCUACUUGGAGUAAAUUAGUGAACAACAAUGCCCAGGCCUCUACUUCUGGUCUAUACUUACUAUCUACACCUUAUGGACACAGUUAAUUUUACAAUUUUUAUAUAUAUAUAUAUAUAUAUAUAUUUAUUUAUUUUGCUCCUGAACUUCUUCUACUCUCAACCUCUCCGAUCAUUUUCAUGAUGUCCAUCCGGUUUGCUUCUAUAUGCCAUAUCUUUCCAACUGUGCUCUUUCCCAAAAGCUCCCAACAUACAACCUAUAUACUUAUUAUGGACACAGUAUGCUUACAUUAUUAGCUAUCUUUGUUAUUAUUUGUUGUUAUUUGUUAUUAGUCCCAUCCUUCAACUCUAUUCAAUACCUCCCAUCUAUCUCUUAACAUCAUCCAUAUAGGAUUUCUAUAAGAGUAACAUUGUUAGGGUAGACUAAAAUGAAAACAAUGCCUUCCAAUACGGAGAAAGUUAUCAUGUUUGUUUUGUUUUAAACCUUACAAUUGGGGUGAAAGCAGAACAGUGUUUGAGAGUGAUCCGUGUGUAUUAGCCGUAGUGAUUGAGAAGGUCUUCCUAUUGGGAAGGGAGUCCUGGUUAUGGAGACUAGUGAAAGUUACAAAGUGAAUGGCAAUAUUAGUGUCUUAGUAAUUUGAAGAAGUAAAUGUUUCAAUACAAGGUCACAUGAUGAACAGAGGGAUUGAGCAUUGGGACUGAUAUUAAAUUAGAGGCCGCCAUCUGUUGUUUGGGUUAAAGAUAAGCUUCCUGUGGAAAAUAAGUAGUUCUCACUGAACUCAAACAGGCUGUAAGGGACACAGUGGGACAUUUGGGACAGAGGUAUGAAUAAUUGAAUAAGAUACUUUUUUGACCAUUUCCAAUUAUUAUUACUCAAUUCUAUAGAUUUAAGUAAGAAGGUCAUGUCAUCUAAAACAAUGAUCUGUUUCCAUUACGAGGAACUGUGUCCAGAUUUGAAGUAGAUCCAAGUAAAUGUUUUUAGUACCGAAUAUUGAGCUGAUAAGCCAGCAACAACUUUUUGAAGGUCCUAACAGAUUUGUUAAACAACAGGUUUUAUAUUUUGGCUAGUUGAUGUCACAGGUACCGAACAUAUGUCAAUGCAGCAGGAAAAAAUGACGAGAUUACAGGAGAGGGGCUCUGGGAUUGUUUAGUUUAGAAGGUGCCUAUUUCUGCUUGACGGGACACUGUAUCAUCUGAUGUGUCUGAAGUAUUAUUUUGUAUAUGGAUGGUUUUAUCAAGACUUCCUGCCCAAGAUACAGUAAAGCUCAAUUUUAUACACCUGUCAGCAACAGGUGUGGCUGAAAUAGCCGAAUCCAUUUGAAGGGGUGUCCACAUACUUUUGUAUUUAUAGUGUAUGUAUAGGGGUAAAGUGACAUCAAAUAGAAUGGUCAAUGCAGAUUGUUCGUGUAGCCAUUUUAUUAGCCAUUUAGCAGUAUUUAGCUGUAUGGGACGGCUGUCAAUCCUUUGGUCCUUAAAUGAAACUGAUAUACUUUUUUAUUUAUCACAGUUUUCCUUAACCAAUUAUGUUCUUUAAUGCAAGGCCGACAGACAAGUUCCUUACUUUCUCCCCCUUCCACUUUCCUCUUCCAUCUUUGCGGUAAGGCUGCAAUUAUUUGGUUGUAAUUUUGGGUAGAGCAGACAUUUCCAUAUGUUUUUGUUAGCUGCAUGUGCAACAUAACUCCACCAGUCCUACCGAUGAUAUCAUUUACGAAGAUUAUACCUUUUUUAAACAUUCUGUCAAAAAAUAAAGUUUUUUUGUCAAUUAGUAUAUUUGAAUUUAACCACAAUAUUUGUUGCAUUAUUUGUUCUGUCGUUUCUGGAGGAUUAAAUUGAAACCAACUUUCUAUGGCUUGUUUUAGAAAUAGUGAUAUUUGGGAGAUGAUUUCCUUUUCAAAUAACUGAAAGUGAGUGGUUGUAAUCUGAAUAAAGGGAAAAAGGCCAUUCUUGAACAUUGGGUGAGACAAUCUUACUAAUUUGCUUGAGAACCAGUUCGGAUUGAAGUAUAACUUUUGUAUGACUGAAGCUUUUAGUGAUAGGUCUAAUGCUUUAAUAUUUAAUCAUUUCUGUCCUCCGAAUUCAUAUUCAUUAUAUAAAUAGGCCCGUUUAAUUUUGUCUGGCUUGCCGUUCCAAAUAAAAUGGAAUCUUUUUUUCUCAUAUAAUUUAAAAAACUGUUCGCUAGGCGUAGGCAAGACCAUAAGCAAAUAGGUAAACUGGGAUAAUACUAAAGAGUUAAUCAGGGUGAUUUUUCCACAAAUUGACAGGUAUUUACCUUUCCAUGGUAGCAAGAUCUUAUCUAUUUUUGCUAACUUUCUAUUAAAAUGUAUUGAAGUGAGAUCAUUUAUUUCCUUUGGGAUAUGUAUUCCGAGUAUAUCCACAUCACCAUCAGACCAUUUUAUUGGUAAACUACAUGGUAAAGUAACAUUUUUAUUUUUUAGUGAUCCAAUACGUAGUAUUGUACAUUUGUCAUAAUUCGGUUGUAAUCCAGAGAGGUUAGAAAAUGUAUCUAGAUCCUCUGAGGCUGUGGAGGGAUUCUAGUUGUGGAUUUAAAAGAAAACAUGAAUCAUCAGUGUACAAUGACACCUUUGUUUUUAAGCCCUGGAUUUCUAAUCCUCUGAUAUUAUAGAUAUGCCGAUAGUGGACAACCUUGUUUCACUCCUCUUGACAGUUUAAAACUUUCUGAGAAAUAGCCAUUAUUUACUAUUUUACACCUAGGGUUACUAUACAUGAUUUUGACCCAUUUUAUAAGAGAUUCUCCAAAAUUGAAAUGCUCCAGACAUUUAUAUAUAAACCCCAGUCGUACUUUAUCAAAUGCCUUUUCGAAGUCUGCUAUGAAUAGCAGGCCUGGUUUCCCAGAUUUUCCAUAGUGUUCUAUUGUUUCCAAUACUUGCCUUAUAUUAUCUCCAAUGUAUCUUCCAUGUAAAAAACCUGUCUGAUUAGAAUCAAUAAUAUUCGACAAUACCUUUUUAAUUCUAUGCGCUAUACAUUUUGCUAGAAUUUUUGCAAUAUUUAGCAGUCUUAUUGCUUGGGAAUAGAAGCUGUUCAGGAGCCUGUUGGUGUCAGACUUGAAUCACCAGUAUUGCUUGCUGUGCGGAAGCAGAGAGAACAGUCUAUUUUAUUUUUUUAUUUUUAUUUCACCUUUAUUUAACCAGGUAAACCAGUUGAGAACAAGUUCUCAUUUACAACUGCGACCUGGCCAAGAUAAAGCAAAGCAGUGCGAUAAAAACAACAACACAGAGUUACAUAUGGGGUAAAACAAAACAAAGUAAAAAAAAAUACAACAGAAAUACAUAUAUACAGUGUGUGCAAAUUUAGCAAGUUAUGGAGGUAAGGCAAUAAAAUAGGCUAUAGUGCAAAAUAAUUACAAUUAGUAUUAACACUGGAAUGAUAGAUGUGCAAGAGAUGAUGUGCAAAUAGAGAUACUGGGGUACAAAUGAGCUAAAUAAAUAACAAUAUAGGGAUGAGGUAGUUGGGCGGGCUAAUUUCAGAUGGGCUGUGUACAGGUGCAGUGAUCGGUAAGGUGCUCUGACAACUGAUGCUUAAAGUUAGUGAGGGAGAUAAGUGUCUCCAGCUUCAGAGAUUUUUGCAAUUUGUUCCAGUCAUUGGCAGCAGAGAACUGGAAGGAAUUGCGGCCAAAGGAGGUGUUGGCUUUGGGGAUGACCAGUGAGAUAUACCCGCUGGAGCGCAGACUACGGGUGGGUGUUGCUAUGGUGACCAAUGAGCUAAGAUAAGGCGGGGAUUUGCCUAGCAGUGAUUUAUAGAUGGCCUGGAGCCAGUGGGUUUGGCGACGAAUAUGUAGUGAGGACCAGCCAACAAGAGCGUACAGGUCACAGUGGUGGGUAUUAUAUGGGGCUUUGGAGACAAAACGGAUGGCACUGUGAUAGACUACAUCCAAUUUGCUGAGUAGAGUGUUGGAGGCUAUUUUAUAAAUGACAUCGCCGAAGUCAAGGAUCGGUAGGAUAGUCAGUUUUACGAGGGCAUGUUUGGCAGCAUGAGUGAAGGAGGCUUUGUUGCGAAAUAGGAAACCGAUUCUAGAUUUAACUUUGGAUUGGAGAUUCUUAAUGUGAGUCUGGAAGGAGAGUUUACAGUCUAACCAGACACCUAGAUAUUUGUAGUUGUCCACAUACUCUAGGUCAGACCCGUCGAGUGUAGUGAUUCUAGUCGGGUGGGCGGGUGCAAGCAGCGUUCGGUUGAAGAGCAUGCAUUUAGUUUUACUAGUGUUUAAGAGCAGUUGGAGGCUACUGAAGGAGUGUUGUAUGGAAUUGAAGCUCGUUUGGAGGUUUGUUAACACAGUGUCCAAUGAAGGGCCAGAUGUAUACAAAAUGGUGUCGUCUGCGUAGAGGUGGAUCUGAGAGUCACCAGCAGCAAGAGCGACGUCAUUGAUAUACACAGAGAAAAGAGUCGGCCCAAGAAUUGAACCCUGUGGCACCCCCAUAGAGACUGCCAUAGGUCCAGACAACAGGCCCUCCGAUUUGACACAUUGAACUCUAUCUGAGAAGUAGUUGGUGAACCAGGCGAGGCAGUCAUUUGAGAAACCAAGGCUAUUUAGUCUGCCAAUAAGAAUGCGGUGGUUGACAGAGUCGAAAGCCUUGGCCAGGUCAAUGAAAACGGCUGCACAGUACUGUCUAUUAUCGAUCACGGUUAUAAUAUCGUUUAGGACCUUGAGCGUGGCUGAAGUGCACCCAUGACCAGCUCGGAAACCGGAUUGCAUAGCGGAGAAGGUACGGUGGGAUUCGAAAUGGUCGGUGAUCUGUUUGUUGACUUGGCUUUCAAAAACUUUUGAAAGGCAGGGCAGGAUGGAUAUGGGUCUGUAACAGUUUGGAUCUAGAGUGUCACCCCCUUUGAAGAGGGGGAUGACCGCGGCAGCUUUCCAAUCUCUGGGGAUCACAGACGUUACGAAAGAGAGGUUGAACGGUGGCUGGAGUGGCUGGGUGGCUGGAGUCUUUAACAAUUUUCCGGGCCUUCCUUUCACACUGCCUGGUAUAGAGGACCUGGAUGGCAGGGAGCUCGGCCCCAGUGAUGCACUGGACUGUCUGCACCAUAGCCAGUCAAGAUGCUUUCAAUUGUGCAGCUGUAGAACUUUUAGAGGAUUUGAGGGCCCAUGUCAAAUCCUUUCAACCUCCUGACUGUUUGUGUGUGUGGACCAUUUUAUAGGAGGUCCAUAAUACCCUUUUUACACUAGUACUGAGCCAAGAAAAAAAGAGUCUAGUCAACUCAUGGCUCUCAGGGAAGACUUCUAAGUCCAUUCACCUGGAGGCAAGUUCAGCAGAAUGAAACGUUUUGAAACGUUCAGAUAUAAAUAUGUAGAACAAACAUGCCUCUGACAUGUAGAAUAAUGAAUCACGUCGGCUCGAAUCAUGAUAUUUCUAUCUGUAACGUUAGAAAACGUUUGGCAACUGAACGUGGCCCUGCAAGGGCUGAACAAGUUUGUCCAUGGAGCUCACCUGCGUCAUUGACUGCGUUCCUCAUCUCAAAGCUGCUGAUGGUGCUGGAUUUGUCCUUGUCAUACUUCUUGAAGAUCAGCUGCACACAGUGAACACAUGAUGGUCAAUCUCAAUUAAUGACUGUUUGAAUAUUGUGCUGAAAAUGUGUAUUAUCUGCUGAUGAUCGCUGUUGGGCGAAUCUAUUGCUCUCAAACUCUAGGCGGCAUUCUGCUUUCUUCCUACAGUUUUCAGCCAUUACCUUCGCCCACGAUUACCUCGUGAACUAAAAUCCCCACGCUGUGUUUUAACGUUUACAAACGUAAAUAAUCAUUGCUUGUGUUAUGGCUUUCAAUACAAACAGCCUUUAUCUUUCAUCAGCAAGAAAGAAUCCUUCAAAUAAAAAAGAUGCAGUUACAGAUCCAUACAGCUAUGGGUGCCUCCAUCUGACGAAAAUUACACUUCCACUACUCUUCCCGAGUUACGCUUACUCACAGGUGUCCGGAGCAUGCUAGAUAGCUAAUUAGCACAGGUGGUCACCUCUUGUCUUCCAUCUGUUUUCUGUAAACAAGUGCUGUAACAUGGAGUUAUGGCCACGUGGGAACACUAACCCUAUCAAGGUGUGUAUCAAUUUAACCUUUUAUUUUUUGAAAAUUAUUGAUGAGGUCCUUAUGCUUCCAAAACCUUACUGAAGCGAUGCAUGUUAAUUUUCAGUUUGAGCGUCGGGGCUCUAAACAAAACUCCCCCAUACAGAAGGCGCCUUCAUCCUAACUUCCACUUAAGUCCAAAUUUCACUUAGCAGUGAUGGCAACGGGAGACUAAGAGUAAAUUCGACUUAAAUGGAAGUUAGGAUUUGCCCCUAAACCAUCAGGCUCUGGAGAGUUAUGGACAGGAAGAUCCUACCUGCCACGCUUUGAUCUUACUCCACAGGUGUUUGAACUCCUGCAGGUUCAGUUUUCCUGUGCCGUCCGUCUGAGAAGUAGUUAGGGUAGAAACACAGGCAAUAUUUCUCUCUUGGGCGUUUCCGUGUGAAGCAGUGGAGGCUGGUGGGAGGAGCUAUAGGGGGACGGGCUCAUUGUAAUGGCUGGAAUGGAAUGAAUGGAACGGAGUCCAGUUAUGUGGUUUCCAUGUUUGAUGUGUAUGAUACCGUUCCAUUAAUGCCCUUCCAGCCAUUACAAUAAGCCUGUCCUCCCAUAGGUCCUCCCACCAGCCUCCACUGGUGUGAAGAACUGCAUUUCAUAGAAUUGUAUAUAUUUUGAACUACUGCUUUUACUACUGUAUCCGUCCGUACCUUUAACAUUGUUGUUUGCUCUGUGUUUACAUAGAUAGGCAACCAGAGUAGCAGACAGAGAUGGUCUCAGAAACGUUCAAAUAGAGUUCCAGUAUAAAUCACAUGGAAGGAUACGUCCAUCAAAGCGAUCAUGCUCCGGCAACUCUCUAAGCUCAAGCCGUCCGUCUUCAUGUCAUUAUCUGUGGAGAAAAAUAUCAUUUAGAAGAUAAGUGCAUACUACAGAGUGGACACUAUGUGACAAGUGUACAGAAAGGACAUGGCAGGUGGCCAUCACAGGCGGUUGGUGGCACCUUAAUUGGGGGAGGACAGACUCGUGGUAAUGGCUGGAGCGGAAUAAGUGGAAUAGUAUCAAAUACUUCAAACAUUUCCAUUUCCAUUUCUUUAAUGCCAUUCCAUUCGCUCCGUUCCAGCCAUUUUGAUGAGCCGUCCUCCCCUCAGCAUCUUCCAAUGGUGGACAUAGUGGGCACAAGGGAAGAGGAAGGGUCCGGCAUUAAAAAUGAGGGAUCAUGACAGCACUCACGUUUUUCCAGUACCCUUUUCAUGACCACCUUGAGCUCGUUGGCACAGAUCUGCAUGUCCUAGAGAGGGGACAUAUCUCCUUUGAGCUGUGUGCAUGUAGACCUCUCAGAAUACCCUAUCCUUAUCGGCCCAAUCCCAUAUCAAACCUCUACCUCUAACCCCCUAUGCACUUGUGAAGAUCUGAGAGGAUUAGAUUCGUAUAAACAACAUGCUCAUUGGGUUUACUUACAUUCAAUUACCCUGACCAAUGCUCCCACUUUCCCCAGUCACACCAGCACUCACCUCCCCAGCAAUCUGCUGGUAAAUGGCCCUGAACAUUUUGUGUUCUCCGCUCUCCUCAUCCGGUUGCUGUGGUUUUGGCUGAUUGGGAAAGUGAAAGAUAGAAACUUUUAGAAAGAUCGAUGGAAGUGAAGGCAUGAUGUUAUCAGGUUUCAGGCUGGUUUAAAAAGUGUUAUAUCCCAACAUGCACUACACAAAGCCAUGCUAAUUUUGAUUGUAUUGUGGACAUCAGUAGACAAAUGGCAAAAGUCAAAUCUGCCCUAAAUGUCUAUCAUUUGUUUAUUCAUUACCCCUUUCGACCAGAGGAGGAGGAACCAUGGUAACCAAACAACAGCAAAUAUGAGUAUGUAAAUACACAGUUCUGAGAACAAGUGCAUUGUUACUGGAGAUUGGUUGACCUUCUAGAGCUGAUUGUGGAUCCGUGGGGGUGUCUGGUGGUCUCUCCCUGGUCAGGAUAGGACAGGAGAUGUUUUGUGGGCUGGGGUAGAUUGGGUUUCAGUCCUAUGACUGACCCCGUAUUUUGUUAGGUCAGAGGUUACACUAUGCUAAUAGUUACAUUGGAGAACGCAACAUGGUGUAAAAUGCCUACAGGUGGAAUUGUGUCAAGUGCAACUUGACUGGCAUCGUUUGGGUGCGUGCACACACACCUACACACACCUACACACAUAUACAUUCAUGCUACACACACAUCACAACUGCUGCUACCAGACUCUUAUUAUUUUGGCUAAAUUCCGCCCAAUUUAAACACUUAUCCCCCAAUCCCCUCCCUGUCUUGGCCACCUUGACAAACACAUGCCAUCACAAUAGGUUUCACCACAAUCACCCCUCCCCUCUGCCCCCCUCCUCUCUCAAAGGAGAACACCCCUCCCCUCUGCCCCCCUCCUCUCUCAAAGGAGAACACCCCUCCCCUCUGCCCCCCUCCUCUCUUAGAGGAGAACACCCCUCCCCUCUGCCCCCCUCCUCUCUUAAAGGAGAACACCCCUCCCCUCUGCCCCCCUCCUCUCUUAAUGGAGAACACCCCUCCCCUCUGCCCCCCUCCUCCCUUAAAGGAGAACACCCCUCCCCUCUGCCCCCCUCCUCCCUUAAAGGAGAACACCCCUCCCCUCUGCCCCCCUCCUCUCUUAAAGGAGAACACCCCUCCCCUUUGAACAACCUUGACUUUCUCUUUCUGCUCCUUCUCAACCUCGAUGUCAUCUUGCUCAAUCUCCUUGUUGGCCUUCGCUCUGUCUGAUACAAACACGAUGGGCUGGGGGUGGUAGUGGUGGGGUGGAUGGGUGGGGGGGUGGUGAGUGGUGGGGUGGAGGUGGGUGGAGUGGGGGUGGGGGUAGUGGUGGGGUGGAGCGGGUGGUGGAGUGGGGGGUGGAGUGGUGGGGUGGAGGUGGGUGGAGUGGGGGGGUGGGUAGUGGUGGGGUGGACGGUGGUGGAGUGGGGUGGUAGUGGUGGGUGGAGGUGGUGGAGUGGGGUGGUAGUGGGGUGGACGGUAGUGGGUGGGGGUGGUAGGUGGUGGAGGUGGGUGGGUGUGGUGGGGGUGGAGGGGGGGUAGUGUGGGGGGUGGGGUGGGUGGUAGUGGUGGGGUGGACGGUGGUGGAGUGGGGGUGGUAGUGGUGGGGUGGACGGUGGUGGAGUGGGGUGGGUAGGUGGUGGGGUGGCGGUAGUGGGGUGGGGUGGUAGUGGUGGGGUGGAUGGUGGUGGAGUGGGGUAGUAGUGUGGGGUGGAGGUGGGUAGUGUGGGUGGUGGUGAGUGGGGUGGUAGUGGUGGGUGGACGGGGUGGGGGUAGUGGGGGGUGGUAGUGUGGGGUGGGGUGGUGGUGGGUGUGGGGUGGAGGGGGAGUGGGGUGGAGUGGGGUGGUAGUGGUGGGUGGACGGUGGUGGAGUGGGGGUGGUAGGUGGGGGGUGGUAGUUGGUGGGAGUGGGGGUAGGUGGGUGAGUGGUGGAGGUGGUGGGUAGUGGGGUGGCGUGGGGGGUGGUAGUGGUGGGGUGGACGGUUUUGGGGUGGGUGGUGGUGGGUGGAUUGGUGGGUAGUGGUGGGGGGGUGGAAGGUGGGGGGGUGGAUGGUGGGGGGGUUGUAGUGGUGGGGUGGGGGUGGACAGUGGGGGGGGUUAGAGGUGACCAGAGGUAAGGGGAGAAGGUGGAUUGGGACGUGUGACACACAGGGGUUAGAGGUGAAAGACAGAAUAGAAGAAGAAAAUGACAGUAAGCUCAUUGGACGUAGACCAACAUUCCAUUACCCUGGAUCCCUAUCUGUUUGUGCUGUAUCUCCAACUCCUAUGUUUGGUAUAGUAACGGCCGUAGGAGUUGGGCUUCACAGCCCGAACAGAUCAGGGACCACCAGGCUAAUAUUCAAUUGGCUUCAAGUCUACAUGUGAAAUGACACUGGUUGCAAUGGUAAUUUAUUUAAUCUAGCGAGAAGUGAAAGAGGAUGUCGUGAAAAACAUCCUAUAUUCAAUGUCUCGGUCAUAAUUUGGUUAAAACCAAAGAGACUAUGAUGAUGCAUGCACACACAGUACCUUUCCUUUCUUUGUCCUGUUUUUGCCUUGCUGUCGGCGUGAGGCAGAAAUGGAAAAUAAACAUAGAAAUGAAAUGGAGAAGUUAACAUUGAAAUGAACAAUGAACAAUCAAACCCUGUUCCGUAAUAGUGACAAAGAGAGAGGGGGAGAUAGGGAGAGAGAGACAGACACAGAGACAGACAGAUUCAGACAGACAGAAAGACAAAGAGAGCGAGAGACACAGACAGAGAUUGUCAGUGGUGGGACUAUAUUCUUCAUUCAAGUUUGAGUGAUGUAUUUUUGGUAGGUGGAGGACAAAGACGCAGACAUACAGACAUGAACAGGUGCAUAUGGACAACAGGUGGAUUUUUAUUUUAUUUUAUUUAUUAGGAUCCCCAUUAGCCGACGCCAAUGGCGACAGCUAGUCUUACUGGUGUCCGACAUACAGUGCCAGUCAAAAGUUUGGACACACCUACUCAUUCCAGGGUUUUUCUUUAUUUUUACUAUUUUCUACAUUGUAGAAUAAUAGUGAAGACAUCAAAACUAUGAAAUAACACAUAUGGAAUUAUGUAGUAACCAAAAAAGUGUUAAACAAAUCAAAAUGUAUUUGAGAUGAGAUUCUUCAAAGUAGCCACCCAUUGCCUUGAUGACAGCUUUGCACACUCUUGGCGUUCUCUCAGCCAGCUUCAUGAGGUAGUCACCUGGAAUGCAUUUAAAUUAUCAGGUGUGCCUUGUUAAAAGUUAAUUUGUGGAAUUUCUUUCCUUCUUAAUGCGUUUGAGCCAAUCAGUUGUGUUGUGACAAGGUAGGGUGGGUAUACAGAAGAUAGCCCUAUUUGGUAAAAGACCAAGUCCAUAUUAUGGCAAGAACAGCUGAAAUAAGCAAAGAGAAAUGACAGUCCAUCAUUACUUCAAGACAUGAAGGUCAGUCAAUUUGGAAAACUUUAAGGACUUUGGAAGUUUCUUCAAGUGCAGUCGCAAAAACCAUCAAGCGCUAUGAUGAAACUGGUUCUCAUGAGGACCGCCACAGGAAAGGAAGACCCAGAGUUCAUUAGAGUUAACUGCACCUCAGAUUGCAGCCCAAAUAAAUGCUUCACAGAGUUCAAGUAACAGACACAUCUCAACAUCAACUGUUUAGAGGAGACUGCGUGAAUCAGGCCUUCAUGGUCGAAUUGCUGCAAAGAAACCACUACUAAAGGACAUUAGACUGGUGGAAAUCUGUCCAUUGGUCUGAUGAGUCCAAAUUUGAGAUUUAUGGUUCUAACUGCCGAGUCUUUGUGAGACGCAGAGUAGGUGAACGGAUGAUCUCCAGAUGACGUGGCCUCCACAAUCACCUGACCUCAACCCAAUUGAGAUGUUUUGGGAUGAGUUGGACCGCAGAGUGAAGGAAAAGCAGCCAACAAGUGCUCAGCAUAUGUGGGAACUCCUUCAAGACUGUUGGAAAAGCAUUCCAGGUGAUGUCCCCUGUAGCUCAGUUGGUAGAGCAUGGCGCUUGCAACGCCAGGGUUGUGGGUUCGUUUCCCACGGUGGGGCAGUAAGUCGCUCUGGAUAAGAGCGUCUGCUAAAUGACUAAAAUGUAAAAUGUAAGCUGGUUGAGAGAAUGCCAAGAGUGUGCAAAGCUGUCAUCAAGGCAAAGGGUGGCUACUUUGAAGAAUUUGUUUAACACUUUUUUGGUUACCACAUGAUUCCAUAUGUGUUAUUUCAUUUUGAUGUCUUCACUAUUAUUCUACAAUGUAGAAAAUAGUAAAAAUUAAGAAAAACCCUUGAAUGAGUAGGUGUGUCCAAACUUUUGACUGGUACUGUAAAUGAAAAAGACAUUACAGACAUUUACAAUUUAAAUACAUUAAAAAACAUUAACAUGUAGUUUGUGUGUGCAUCUAUCAGUUACACAUACAUGUCAGUAUAUACACACAACAAGUAGGUCACAUGGGGGAGAGGCAUGUGCCAUGAGGUGUUGCUUUAUUUGUUUUUUUAAACCAGGUUUGCUGUUCACUUGGGCUAUAUAAGACGGAAGGGAGUUCCAUGCACUCAUGGCUCUGUAUAAUACUGUACAUUUCCCUGAAUUUGUUCUGGACCUGGGGACUGUGAAAAGACCCCUGGUGGCAUGUCUGGUGGGGUAAGUGUGUGUCAGUGCUGUGUGUAAGUUGACUAUGCAAACAAUUAGGGAAUUCCAACACAUUAAUGUUUCUUAUAAAAACAAGAAGUGACACAUUCAGUUUUUUCUCAACUCUUAGCCCAGAAAGACUCACAUGCAUAGUAUUAGUAUUAGCCCUGUGAUUACAAUGAAGAGCAAGACGUGCCGCUCUGUUCUGGGCCAGCUGCAGCUUAACUAGGUCCUUCUUUGCAGUACUUGACCAUAUGACUGGACAAUAAUCAAGAUAAGAUCAAACUAGAGCCUGCAGGACUUGCUUUGUGGAGUGUGGUGUCAAAAAACACCAAGUAAUUUAGUCUCCUCAACUUGUUCAACAGCCACACCAUUCAUUACCAGAUUCAACUGAGGUCUAGAACGUAGGGAAUGAUUUGUACCAAAUACAAUGCUCUUAGUUUUAGAGAUGUUCAGGACCAGUUUAUUACUGGCCACCCAUUCCAAAGGAGACUGCAACUCUUUGUUAAGGGUUUCAGUGACUUCAUUAGCUGUGGUUGCUGAUGCGUAUAUGGUUGAAUCAUCAGCAUACAUGGACACACAUGCUUGUUUAAUGCCAGUGGCAGGUCAGAGAGAGAGGAGAGAGAGACGCGGGUCCAUUUACUAACCUCUAUUUGGUCUGACCUAAUUGUGUUUUCGGUUUCCCUGAGAGAGAACAGACAGACGUUACUCAUCACCAUGGCAGAAGAUCGAAGGCAUGGAAGCUUAAUAUAUACUGCCACUCUUGGGUGGGUGGCAUGCCACUCUUGACUGGCAUGGAGGCUUAACUUUUACUGCUACUCUUGGGUGGGUGGCAUGCCACUCUUGACUGGCAUGGAGGCUUAAUCUUUAAUGCUACUCUUGACUGGCAUGCCACCCACACAUGCCCCCACAUGCAGACUCUCACAUUCAGACACACACACACACACAGACACACAAAUGGCCACCCACAGAAACAAAUUCAUUCACACAAACACACACACACACACACACAAACUCCCUAACCCCUCCACCAUAGCAGCCCCUCUCUCCCUCCCCUCCCAGUCACUCACUCUGAGGUGCUGUUCUUCUCGGAGAAGACUCUGAGGAUGAACUCUCCCUCCUCGUGGGGUUCAAAGGUCGAAGGGAUGAUCACGUACUCCCCAGGGGGCAGGCAGAAUCGCUCGCUCACCUCACGCAGGUUGAUGUAGGACUUGCAUUUGGCCUUGGAGGCAUUGUAAAGGAAGAAGUCUUUCUGCAGGUGCUGCUGGCUCCCAACCAUCUGUAGCGAGAGAGGGGGAUAGAGGGAUAGAAAGAGAGGGGGGACAGAGGGGUGAUGCACUGGCACUGACUUAUCAUACUAUAAAAAGGGAUCUGACUUAUCAUACUAUAAAAAGGAAUCUGACUUAUCAUACUAUAAAAAAUAAUUUUUAAAAAUUACUUAAUCAGUAUAAUAGAAUAAAACAAAUGUCUAAGGCAGACCUGGGUAGAAUAUUUUCAAGUAUUUCACAUAUUUAUUUGACGCAGUUCUGCUAAAAUAAUAUGUAUUGUUAUCUGAACAUCUCUUGUGUAUUUUUGGUGUGUUGUGUGUAGGCUAUUUUAUAGCUAAGGUGGCAUGUUGAACACUAGUAACACCAAGACACAGCUUCAAGUUAAGACAGAGGUACACCUAGUUUUAAGUUCUGAAGCAGAGGCAGACUGACACACAUAAGUAGCACUUUGACCACAGUCAGGUGACUACUGGGACAGCCCUGACAUCAGCUCUGACAUCAUCACACCAAGGUCCUCCUUCACCUGGCCAUCAUACCUCUUUGGGCACCUGAGGACAAGAAACAACAAAGAAAAGUCAGUAUCACCAUGACUACAGUGCCUAUUCAUAUAUGGAAUGAAAGUGUACCCAAACACCCUCCAGACCAGCUUGAACAAAAAAGGGAAUUAGGUGCUCAACUGAGGGCCGUUCCUUACCCCAGGACACGUCAACGGGUGACUAUAAAGAAAAGGGAGCACUUUGUUUCUGUAUAGAUUUGAUAAUUUAUUGACGGGACAGACAAACAGGCUAACGUAUCAAGCGAUUAACCUAUUUGGAUGUCCUGCCAAUAAAUUAUCAGCUUUGGCUGAGAGUUUCCUUUUGCGAGGGUGGAGACAUCGCAAACCAGAAAUCUCAAUUUUUAACACGCUUCCCUCCAGAACCUAAUUGAGCAUCUGACCAAAUUAUGCACAAUUUUAAUUCUGGGUUAACCAAGAUUAAUAUAUGACUGAUUUUAUUUUAAAUGCUAGGGCUAGGAGUUUUUCCUAACCAGUAGGGCGCACCGUAGCAACACGUUUUGAGAUGGUAACUAAAUGUGACUGUUUCUUCAGUAGUAUCUCCCCCUUUCACUCAGUUUCGAAAAUGUGUAUCUUGUUUUAUACCGACUGGUCACAACCCAGAAGAACAUCCGAGCAUUUAUCCUGGUUAGGUGAUCAAGAAUACCUCCAGUUAUGUCCUGUGAUUGUGGUUUGGUUUAUCAGGAGGUAUAUCCCACCUCGUAGAUGGAGAACCCGAUGGUGUAGAGCUUGGCACCCUUGUUGCGGUCUUUCCUCCGGCCCUUCUGCAUCAGGGCCACCAUGACGGUGCAUGCCACAUGCUCGGGGUCGUCGGGGUCGUCGUCCUCCUCGUACAGACGCAUGCGGUACUGCGGGUUGGUCCAGAACGUGUCUGUGGGACAUCAGAUAGGAGACGUGGUCAGUGGGGGUCAACGUCUUCAUUCUUUCUAUGUACUACUUUUGGCUACCAAGCAGCUGAGAAAGUGUGUAGUUAAAGCAGAAUGAAGCAGGCAUCAUAACCAUGAUGUGCACAACUACAAAUCAGUAUAGUUCAAACACUCUUUUUUACAGCCCAAAGUCAACCUUGUACCUGGGAAGUUCCUGCAGCCUCCGGCGGAGCUGCCUCGUACCCAGCGGCCCUCGUUGACCGCCACAGUCCACCUAUGGGACUUGUCGUCUAGCAGUGCGUCAGGGGUCAGGUUACAGAUCUCCAGCUUGGUGAAGUUCUUUUUGAAGUCCUCAAAGGAUAUCCUAUAAGGAAAAUAGAGUAGAAUAGAAUAGAGUACAAUAGAUUGUUGUUUAUCCAUUUGCACAGAAAUCCUUUGUUACAGUGCCCAGCCCUAAUGUCUGAGACAUUGACAUUUAUCAGAGGGCUUCGUUCAGCUCACCAAGUCUCGCUCGUCUCAACCGUCUUCUUCUUCAGCCUGGCCUUGUCUGAGCUGGAGAUGGUGGACCAUUCUUUGGACCUGUGGAGAGAAAAUAACCAAAGUCACCUUGUUACAUGUAGGCUGCGUUGUUAUGUUAUGUAUUUUAUGUUUCUCUUGCUGCACAACCAGUUUCUCCCUGGAAGAAUAAAAAUGAUUGAUUGUUUAUUGAUUGAAGGAUUGAUUGGUUGAUUGGUUGGUUGAUUGAUUCUAGGCUUUAGAAUGUCUGCACUCACUUUGCAUUCCAUGGCCCUUUCCAUAGCACCAUCCCCCAGGGGUUCCGCAUUUGAACUAGGCGAAUCUUGGUAUCCUUGGUAACCUUAAGCUUGUCACACUAAGAAAGAUACCCUUGGUCAGCAGCGAAAGAUAAUUUAGUUUGGCCCGCACCUCAUAUUAGUAGAUACUGUGUUGUAACAUAUUCAUAGAGUUGUUCUUUCUUUCUUUCUUUCUUUCUUUCUUUCUUUCUUUCUUUCUUUCUUUCUUUCUUUCUUUCUUUCUUUUAUACCAGGUUUUAAUUUAUGCUAUUGUCAGAGUGCAAUGUACAGAUUCAGUCAACAACAAUACAAUAACAUUGAUUCAGGUUGUUUGUCUUUCUAAUAAUGUAAAGUGAUAAGUUACAGUUUGGUAGAGGUUUGACCAGAGGCUUCAGCUUUGACUGUGGCUCCAUGACCAUAACCAUACCUCCUCUAGCGCAGUGAUAGAGUAGGCGUGGCCCCUGACCAGUCCAUUUGCAGUUUCAGUCUCACAGUGACUCGGCAACAGGUCCUGCGAGAGAUAGGAUGGACAGAACAUCAGAACAGAGAUACACGGUCGUGUGGCGCCUUUGUUCGGACCCCGGUCACUCACAGUAGCACACAGAAGAAGGCAGAAGGCAUGGAGCAGACUGACUCACGUCUAUGGAACAGCCCAUCAGAGAGCCUCUCUCCAGGGCUUUCUUCAUGAUCCUGUAGAGUUCUUUUGGAGCCUCUGAGAUCUCAAAGAACUCUGUCACACCCCCAGUGAAGUCCUCCAUGGCCUCCAGGGUGUUGCCACCUUUCAGGGCCUCGUAGGAACCGUGCAACCUGACCAGGAGACAACCAUACAGUUUAUGAUUUCAUAAUAACCAUUGCAAAUUGUACAUCAUCUUGCCUGAUUAAGUGGAGAAUACAAAGGUGUGAAUUAACUUUGGUCAAUUGGAACCAGGUUAUACAGGUCGACAGUGACGCAGAGGCUGGGUUGUCGUUGCUGCUGUUGUUGUUGUUGUUGAGCACCCUUCUUUUCCACAGGGUGUAUUAUUAAUAGACUUGUGUUGUGGCAUCAUCAUUCACACUUACUUGGCAUAAGCCUUCUCCAGCAGAGCGCUCCAGAACUCGUUCUUCCUAAAAGACUUGGUAAACACCAGGUGGUUAUUGGAGGUGGGGAUACGGUCAUCCACCACAACGUCCACCCAUUCGCCAUAACGCCAGAACUGCGGGGAACAGCGAGACAAUGGACAGCAUGGGAGGUGAUGAGAGGGAGUGAGAGCUGGGUUGUGUUCAGUAGGAAGAAAAUGAGAAGGAAACAGUGACACAGGGAGGUUCGACCUAAACUUGUCCAAUUAGAUCACAGAAUUUCGUAUUCCAUUGCACUUUUUUUUAUUUUUUUAAGUGUGCCCUACUGAAGGUUCAGUGAUUUAUAAUUCAGUACAGGGUUGUUGUUGUUGUUUUUUUUUUGGGGGGGGGGGCAAACAUGAAUAAGAUAUAGUAGGUCCUGAGUCUACAUAGAUUGAUUGAAUAGUUCCCAGGUGAUAUUGACCAUGACCAUACAGUACCUGGAAAUGGAAGAUACCAGCGUAGUUCUCUGUGAAACUCUGGUCUGGUGGGAUAACUCUGUACAGCAGCUUGUCAUUCAGUGUCAGACAGGCAAUAGCAGCGAGCAGCCAGCAGUCACCUGCAGGAAACAACGAAACGUUUAGCCUCGGGAAAGAAAAAUUAGCGUUUUAUUAUUGGUCAAGUUCAGGUAGUCUCGGCCCAUUUCAGGACCCAUAUACUACUGACUCCUUACACAGGCUUAUGUAAGGGUAUCCACUUGCAUGGCUAUUUUCUGAACUGUGUCAAAAACAUGGACUGGUGUAGCUUGACCCGGCAGCCCCAGUGCGUUCUCAAGCGGGCAUUUAGCAGAUGUUAUGGGAGAGGGGUUUCUGUUACACAGCACUCAAACGCACAUGCAUGCCACACGCGCUCACACACCACGCACGCCGCGCGCGCACACACACCACGCGCGCGCACACAUACCCUGCUGCAGGUGUCAGUCCUUUACAGCGAGCAGUGUGGUUACCGGGGGUAACUUUUCGUCUCUCGUGGCUUAAAUUCUCACACCAUCUUUCCAUCCUCACUCUCUCUUCUAACAGGAGAGCUCCUUGAUUGCAUCCCCAGCUGUCUGUGCUUCUCAAACGUUGUCUGCCCUCUCUUUUGCUUUUCACUGUGCCAAGAUACUAUGGCUUCAGUUUGAACAGGGAUCGCUAAAUAGUGAAUGCUAUUUGUGCUGUUAGUUAACACCUGUCUAACUUUUGAUCUCCUCACAUCCUGGUCUCGCAUGACUCAAGGCUGAAUCCUCACUGUCUACUUUUACUUGUCUACAUUACUGUGCAGAUGUUAUUAGUCAGAUGUUGCUGCUUCAUACCAUCGACCAUGAGCAUACUUUAGCAGCAAGAGUCUUACCCAGGGAUUUCAUACAGUGCAUGAUUUCUGUGGUCUUACCCAGCUCUCCUUGACAGAUGUCUGUCCUACUGGCUCCGUCUAUGAUGAACUGGGGGUUGUCACAGAUUUCCUGCCAAACAAAGAAAGAGAAAAACAGCUGUAGCCAUAGGAAUGUUGUUGUGAUGUUCUACUGGGGUGUGGAACAUCUUGUGAGAGCUUCAAUCUAUUAUCAGAUAGUACUAUGUCUUGAGAGGAGAGAGGAAUAUCUUGACUGUACCAUGAUAACAACAUGACUUAAAAAGAUAUCAAGCUACAUUAGUAGAUGGCCUGUGUACUUUGACAGCAACUAAGAUAAGUUUAUUUUAUACAAUCUCCUAUGGUGAUAAACAGGCAUAAAACAUUGGUCAAAACACAUGAACUCAAAACUGGAGUCAACCUCACUUUUCAAUUAUGUCUUCAUGAGUGGAAUAUGAAGGAGGGAUGCAAGGCCCUGCCAAAAACCUCUUUGCACAACGUAAGUGAUAAGUGAUAGAUCCAUAGGGGAAACACAGUGACAGUAGACCAAGUCAUCUGUUCACAGCUAUUUUAAGUGCUACAACGAAAUGCAAUAGCGGCCUUAAAGUGGGGUCCUCAUACCAAACAUAGAAAUAGUUGUUCUACUGUAUUUCUACGAUGCCAAAAGAGCUGGGAAGGGCUGGCACAAAGAGGUAUUGUGUUAAACUUUACAUCCGGUUUUAUAGUAAAACAUAGCUGGUGACUGGAUGUAAACUCUGUCAUGUAAAGGUCUAACAGUAUAAACAUACUGUAGGUUUGCUUGUACAGUCAUUUCAAGACGGGAUUCAAAAUAGGAAAAGCACUGCAGUUGUGUGGUCAAUUAUUACAUAAUGACUUAAAAUAAAAUAAAAACCAUGCAUACAAACAAAUGAUACCACCCGACAAAUGCAGUGUGCAGGUUUUUCUUCAAAACAAAAUGACAAAAAUAGGACAAAUUUGCACCGUUGCAGUCUGGCUACAGGAAAAGAUAGAAGAGGAGAGGUCUUGACCCCUGGGGAGAGGACUUGACCCCUGGGGUUGUGUCAGAGUCUGGUUGGUUGCUCUUAUUCUCUGGCUGGGUUGAAGAAUACUAGUUGCAAUCUAGUGAAUUAUGAUCUCUGCCAUAAUAGCAGCUGUAACAGGUCACGACCUCUAGAGUUUUCCCACCAAGGGUUAAUGUAUUUGGUAAUACCUCUGGACUUCUCACUUCACCGGGACAAAGAUUGAGUGCCCAAGGAUCUACGUUGAGGGGACCUGGGUUCAAAUAGUUUGGCCUGCCUGGAGUGCCAGAAGGGUGGGGUUUGUACUUUUGGGACUAUUCCAUUGGUUCCAUUGCACCAAGAAAGCUCAAUCAAGCACAGCUAAAAUAUUUUUCUAAUAUUAUUUGACCCCAGGUCUUGAUCUCAUUAUUGAUGAUAGAGUUUGUUGAUAGAGAAAGUGAAAGUCCAUCUACAGUACAUAAUAAUGCCUGAAUGAAAUGUGAGGUUCUGUCAUUAGUGUGGAUAUACUUUUGUGUUUGUAGGACUGCAUAGUGGUCACAUUUGUUUAUGGAAGCAUAUGUUAAAGCAGUAUUGGAGGAGGUCGUUAUAAAAAAGGGCUUGAGUUUCACGACUCAAGGGGCUGAGUCAGCAAAUUGACAAAUACUUGGAUCCGAUCCACAUGCACCAACAUGAUUUCUCCACACCUUUAAGUGUGCCAAGAACGAUUGCUUCACCACCUUCUUAGACCAGUCUUACUGCCGACCUCACUUGGGCUCAAAAUGGUUGCACUCCUGGUGGAUUUAUGAAUGUAUAGUUUUGACCCAAUGGCAAGUUCAUCAAAAUUGUUCUGCAACCUGAUCAAGGCCAAAUUACGGAGCUCCCUGGGAUGGUUAUAUAUAAUAUACAGUAUGGUAGUUCAAAAAAUAUCCACCAUCUGGAAAAGUAGCUUGGAUAUACUGUUGGUACAUACCACCUUCAUCGAAAGAUGUCUCAAGACAUCUUGAGACAUAAAAUUAAGAUGUAUUGAGACAGUUUGAGACGUAGCCAUUUUUCAAGACAUCUAAAGGUGCAAUCAGCAGUUGAAAACAAUAACAAAGUCCACACCCCGCCUCUGUUUUGGUAAAAAGCUGAGGGAUGGACCUGGAGAAAUGUAACCGAUCUCAAAUUCAUGGACAGAGAUAGGACUGACCAGCCAAGAUAUCAAAAUGAUAGUUUUAACCAUGUUUUGAGGCUAUACAUUGUUCACAUUUUACUAAACAUUGGAGUAAAACAAGCUUAAGAAAGUUGAACUAAGCUCAUGAGGCAUUUAUAAGUUAUAUUCUUCAAGAAUCAGUGGGUAUAUAUUAUUAAUUUAUUAGUCAAAAAAAUGUAUGUAGCAACUUCAGAUUGCUCCUUUAAGAUAAAUUUUGAAGACAUGUCUUUUAACGUCUCAAGGCAUGGUAAUGAAUGGGUAUGUAUGGUUGACAUGGUGUGGUAUAGUUUUUUACACUUGGGACGAAAGCGUACCAAAACACACUUCAGACCAGCUUGAACAAAAAGAGAAUCUGGUGCUCAAAUGACGGUCUUGAUAAUCCAAAAAAAGCAUUCCUUACCUUAGGACACUUUAUGAAGUGACUAUCCCAGAAUGAAAUAAAGGUGUUAAAUGCCUGAAUGAGGCAGGUGCAAAGAUUGCAUCUGAUGCAAAGGCUUAGUAAAUCUGGGCCUUCGACCAAGUUUUCAAUAUCCUGUAGUAAAGAUCUGAGUUAUGGUGGAUAGUAUGUUGGGUCAGCCUGUUCACUCCAGCAGUAAACCCCUCUUUGGCUCCUUCCUCAUCACAUGAGGUGCCCCUUGGGUUCACAAGAAGGCUAACCUCAUACCCCUGAUUUAGACCUUGGAUAAUGUUGACCCUUUGGCUUUAGCUGGGACUUGGUCACAUUGACGUCAAGCUAUCAUGACUGCAAGUCAGUAAGACUCCAUUAGUCCUGUGACAUUCCAUGACUGGAAAACAUCUGAGUAACACCAACUUUGGGCUUAAGCAAUUUUAUGCACUAAUAUGAGUCACUCCCGAUUAGAGCUUUUGCUAAAUGACUAAUGUGUUACACAGAAAUGCAAACACACCCAUGUAUGAGCCUUCACAAUGUCUUAUUAUAAGGCUUCUUAUGAGGUUUAUAAUAUGUUAUGUCUCUCUAUGAAUGAAACGUUCAACUGACUCAAAAUGGCUGUUAUUUUAUUUAGUCAGGAUCAUUAAGAGAUGAUAAUAAGACAUGGGGUUGUGCAUGCUUAUGACAGGUGUUAUGCAUUAUAAUGCAUUACACUUGCAGGCUUUGAGGUAAAGUGCUACCCUAUCAUUAUUUUCAUCUUGGAAUGAGAACCCGCUGACAACUGCAACAUAAGAUUCACAUACGGUUGACUUAAAUGAAUACCAAGACUGCAAAGUCUAGAAUACACAGGUUUUGCCAGUCAGAGAGUCUUGUAACGGCACACUGCCUGACAAGGCUGAUUAUUGGUUGACUAUGAUAUCCCAGAUCUACCUCUGAUCUCUCGCUGUCAGCCUCGUGGCAUGCCUGUUGGUUCUGUGGUGAGGCCUGCCUAUUGCAGAGUCUCAGCUGUCUGUGAUUCUAGAACCUGAUGAUCCUCAGCUAUGCGCCCAUAAACAUGCAGCAGAAUCUCUUUCGCGUUCCCCCAGGUUAUUUACCAGGAAGUGAUGUCACAACAAUGUUUUUGCAGCUAAUGAAGAGAGAUUUGAUCUUAGGCUGAGGGAUAAUACCUUACCACAAAUGGGUUGCUGUUUUUGUUAAUCUACUUGUCUGCAGCCUUCAGCCCUAAUAUGUUUUUUAGUCUGACACACUUCAUCAAGAGCUGGGCUGGUAGGUGUAACAGAGUAGGUCCCAUCCUUGGCCCGACUUGGGCUCGAACCAGGGACCCAUCGAACAAAAUCAUUUCUUACUCAAGAAGGACAGUUAUGUUCUCUAGUACAACCUGUCAAUUUCUUUUCCUUUUGUGAAACAGUGGUUCAGUCUUCAUUGCAAUAUGAGUUCCAUCUUAACAGCAUGACAAUUUGUAUAUGUUUUUCUAGCCCUGAUAAAUAUGUUCUGAUAGCACCUUCAAUUGACUAUCUAAAUGUAUACAUCUCCUACCCCAACAUACACGUACAGUUCCAACCUUGAGGCAAGGCGUACUUCUCCCCUACUAGUGGGAAAACAGAUGGCACUCACCGUUGGGCGCUUCCACUCAAAGUCAAUGGGAAAUUUGCUACUGUACCAAAGAGAAGAAUCAUUGGCUGGGAACAGAGGGUCUUCAAACAGGACCUUCUUUUGUACGUAUUUGUCUCGCAACUCCAAGAAGUUCUUCAGGCGUUUGGCAUCUUUGACGGCCUCGUUUCUGCUCAAAAUGGCGGUGUAGAUACUGUUGCUGGCCGUGAAGGGGUAGUCAGUCUUACCCUGAGGCACCUCAGGUGAUGCUUCAGUUUCCAACGCCACCUUCACUGAAGUUUCCUCAACAAGGGCCAUCUUGGCUUUUUUUCUUUUUUCUUAUGCGUGUCCUCGUUCCCCCUAUCAGUGUGAGCUGCCCCCUUUAGUAUGUACGUUAGUCAAAAGUCCAAAUGAAUGAAAGUGAGGAAUAUUUUCAGAUUUCAAUGCAAGAGCAUGAACUUGCAAAACAGCCCUGAUAAACUUCCCUUCUUCUUUCCGCGUGCUUUCUUCUCACUCUCAGUUCCUUUAUAUGCUGGGGGCACUCGCAAUACCAAACACUCCCUCCAACCCACACCCAUAGACACACACUGACACUUUCGCCUUUACGGGUCUAUAAAUAGGCCCCUUGAAAAGACGGGAAGAGGCCGCUCUGAAAAGGACUACCUCUCCCAUAAUUUCCAGUCUACAGUGUAGGUCUACAAUUCACUAGGUGGGAGAUGGCAGCUUGGGAAAGCAGGCUUGGGCGUGGGAAAGCAGGCCCCACAUACCAAUGCCCCAUAUUAUACAUGCCAUACCAUGUAACGAUAACUACACUCACUUUACCAUGUCUUUCCCUGAUAUCAGCUACAGUCAAGAACAAUUUUGCUGAUUGCAUUUGCACUGUUGUUGGGUUGUGACACAUAUAUGUACAUUAUACUUGAUGAAAUGGAUUCGUGGUGGCCCAGUACUGUAGAUGAUGAUGAUGAAUUUAACCUGUGGAUUGCAAAGCAUUUUAUAUGACUCUCUGUCGUUCUCCGCGUCCAAUGUGUAGUCUGUCCAUCUGGGUGGUGUGCACUGAAGCGCUGUAUGCACCAGCCAGAGCGUUGAAUUCUCACAUCUGGAGAGGUGAACCAUCUUUAGCUGAGGGAAACCAUGGCCAUGGGAUAUACAGUGCAUUCAGAAAGUAUUCAGACCCCUUCCCUUUUUCCACAUUUUGUUACGUUACAGCCUUAUUCUAAAAUUGAUUAAAUAAACAUUUUCCUCAUCAAUCUACACACAAUACCCCAUAAUGACAAAGCAAAAACAGGUUUUUAGAAAUGUUUGCACAUUUCUUUAAAAUAAAAAACAGAAAUACCUUAUUUACAUAAAUAUUCAGACCCUUUGCUAUGAGACUCGAAAUGGAGCUCAGGUGCAUCCUGUUUCCAUUGAGAUGUUUCUACAACUUGAUUGGAGUCCUCCUGUGGUAAAUUCAAUUGAUUGGACAUGAUUUGGAAAGGCACACACAAGCGUCACGUCUGGAGGAAACCUGGCACCAUCCCUACGGUGAAGCAUGGUGGUGGCAGCAUCAUGCUGGGGGAUGAUUUUCAGCAGCAGGGACUGGGAGACUAGUCAGGAUCGAGGAAAAGAGGAACGGAGCAAGGUACAGAGAGAUCCUUGAUGAAAACCUGCUCCAGAGCGCUCAGGACCUCAGACUGGGGCGAAGGUUCACCUUCCAACAGGGCAACGACCCUAAGCACACAGCCAAGUCAACGUCGGAGUGGCUUCGGAACAAGUCUCUGAAUGUCCUUGAGUGGCCCAGCCAGAGCCCGGACUUGAACCCGAUCGAACAUCUCUGGAGACACCUGAAAAUAGCUGUGCAGCGACGGUCCCCAUCCAACCUGACAGAGCUUGAGAGGAUCUGCAGAGAAGAAUGGGAGAAACUCCCCAAAUACAGGUGUGCCAAGCUUGUAGCGUCCUACCCAAGAAGACUCGAGGCAAUCAUCGCUGCCAAAGGUGCUUCAACAAAGUACUGGGUAAAGAGUCUGAAUACUUAUGUAAAUGUGAUAUUUCAGUUUUAUUUUCUUUUAAAAAUGUGCAAACAUUUCUAUAAACUUGUUUUUGCUUUGUCAUUAUGGGGUAUUGUGUGUAGAUUGAUGAGUGAAAAAAAAAACAAUUUAAUCCAUUUUAGAAUAAGGCUGUAAUGUAACAAAAUGUGGAAAAAGUAAAGGGGUCUGGAUACUUUCCUAAUGCACUGUAUGAUAGGGCCAAUGUCAUAUGGCAACUCCUGCUCACACACACACACACACACACACACACUUGUCAGGCUCUCAGAAUGUCUUAUUUGAAGGAUGAAUUACUAGAAUCUAAACGUGAUUCUGUGGAAUAAGAAUGUCUCUGCGUGGGGCAAAUGGGAUAUGCUAAAGGUAUGAGUGUCCUCUACUGGCCUAGUAAUGCCACUUCAAGCAGCGGAUUUAUACACUGCUCAAAAAAAUAAAGGGAACACUAAAAUAACACAUCCUAGAUCUGAAUGAAUGUAAUAAUCUUAUUAAAUACUUUUUUCUUUACAUAGUUGAAUGUGCUGACAACAAAAUCACACAAAAAUUAUCAAUGGAAAUCAAAUUUAUCAACCCAUGGAGGUCUGGAUUUGGAGUCACCCUCAAAAUUUAAGUGGAAAACCACACUACAGGCUGAUCCAACUUUGAUGUAAUGUCCUUAAAACAAGUCAAAAUGAGGCUCAGUAGUGUGUGGCCUCCACGUGCCUGUAUGACCUCCCUACAACGCCUGGGCAUGCUCCUGAUGAGGUGGCGGAUGGUCUCCUGAGGGAUCUCCUCCCAGACCUGGACUAAAGCAUCCGCCAACUCCUGGACAGUCUGUGGUGCAACGUGGCGUUGGUGGAUGGAGCGAGACAUGAUGUCCCAGAUGUGCUCAAUUGGAUUCAGGUCUGGGGAACGGGCGGGCCAGUCCAUAGCAUCAAUGCCUUCCUCUUGCAGGAACUGCUGACACACUCCAGCCACAUGAGGUCUAGCAUUGUCUUGCAUUAGGAGGAACCCAGGGCCAACCGUACCAGCAUAUGGUCUCACAAGGGGUCUGAGGAUCUCAUCUCGGUACCUAAUGGCAGUCAGGCUACCUCUGGCGAGCACAUGGAGGGCUGUGCGGCCCCCCAAAGAAAUGCCACCCCACACCAUGACUGACCCACCGCCAAACCGGUCAUGCUGGAGGAUGUUGCAGGCAGCAGAACGUUCUCCACGGCGUCUCCAGACUCUGUCACGUCUGUCACAUGUGCUCAGUGUGAACCUGCUUUCAUCUGUGAAGAGCACAGGGCGCCAGUGGCGAUGUGCACAUUUGUGGCCUGCUGGAGGUCAUUUUGCAGGGCUCUGGCAGUGCUCCUCCUGCUCCUCCUUGCACAAAGGCGGAGGUAGCAGUCCUGCUGCUGGGUUGUUGCCCUCCUAUGGCCACCUCCACGUCUCCUGAUGUACUGGCCUGUCUCCUGGUAGCGCCUCCAUGCUCUGGACACUACGCUGACAGACACAGCAAACCUUCUUGCCACAGCUCGCAUUGAUGUGCCAUCCUGGAUGAGCUGCACUACCUGAGCCACUUGUGUGGGUUCUCAUGCUACCACUAUAGUGAAAGCACCGCCAGCAUUCAAAAGUGACCAAAACAUCAGCCAGAAAGCAUAGGAACUGAGAAGUGGUCUGUGGUCACCACCUGCAAAACCAGUCCUUUAUUGGGGGGUGUCUUGCUAAUUGCCUAUAAUUUCCACCUGUUGUCUAUUCCAUUUGCACAACAGCAUGUGAAAUUUAUUGUCAAUCAGUGUUGCUUCCUAAGUGGACAGUUUGAUUUCACAGAAGUGUGAUUGACUGGGAGUUACAUUGUGUUGUUUAAGUGUUCCCUUUAUUCUUUUGAGCAGUGUAUAUUUUCAGAAGUCCUGACUCAUCUACCCUGGUUGCAACCUGUCAGUUCAUAGCAGAGAGUUGCAGGGCAGUGUGUUGUAUGUCGCAAUCUCGGUUUGAGAUGCACUUGAUAGUUGAUAAAUUGUUGUGUAAUGAAGUAGUUACCCCGCGUGUUUUCAGAGCUGCCAACUUUCACGCUUUCGCCGUGUGACACACGUUUUUGCCUGUUUUCACACGCACUCACGCCACACAUCCAAUUUCUCACGCAAAAAAAAUCGGCCGAGACUAGUUCGUUCCUUUUUUCAAACUCCCCGACGGUAGAUGGCGCUGAUGAGCACCACUGAACCAUAUGCGCUGCACCCCGAAGUUAGCGACAGAAAAAGACAACAGGAGAAGAAACGGUCACUACCUCAAGAAGUCUGAUAAGAAGCUGAGCUGAGACUAGGUAUGGUAACAAUGAAAUGUCGUCCAAUUGAGUACUCACUCUCUUAAACUUUAAAUCUUGAAAUAAAUUAUUUGUUUGUGCGUGUGAACAUGAUUUAGUGUGGUGAAUGUAAACUCAGCUGAUUUCGAACAGGUAAGAUGUAUUCCAAAGAAUUUAACAUAAAUACAGGAAAUGUGUGCAAUAGAGACUUGUGCAGACAUUCACUGACCCCAUGACAGAAGUGUACCUGCUGUUCUUCCAAGCCACCGUACCAACUUUCACUUCUUUCAACUUACUACUUCAGAGAGAGCAGUCAUCAAUAUUUUUGUUACAUGAUGAGGUGGGAUUGGAUUUUGCAGUUUUUUCCCAUUCUGUGUUUCUUGCUGAUAUCUGCAGGGAUCCUCUAAAACAGGUUUCACCUACUAUUUUUGUAAAUGUCUGUUAUAGAUGGUGAAAUUCGUACGCAAGCUAUGUUCCAAGUUUAUGGUUCCAGCAGCUCUGCAGUGCCAUGAGGAGCCUUGUGAAAUUGCCUUUAAAGAAAAGGCAAACCAUUUACCAGGUUAGUAUUUGACUAUUAUUAUGAUCAAACACUGUGAUAUGUGAUAUUUAGCCUUGUACCUUAUACCGAUAUGCUGUAUCUGUGACAGGAAGAAAGUUGAACAUUGGGUUCACAACCAGGGCUAAAUUUAACAGAUUACUCGACGAGGCUAACAUCACACCACAGCAGGUGGAUUCAUUCCAUGAAGCUGUGUUGUGUUUCCUGACAAGUGCUGUGGACUAUGCACUUAAGAAGCUGCCACUGGAAGAGCCACUGAUCAAGCACGCACAAUUUGUAGAUGUACGGCAGAGGGCUGAAAGUGACAUCGAAGAUGUCCUGUACUUUGUUGAAAGGUUCGUUUUUUUUCUCUAAUUAUUGUCUAUCAUCUUAGCUAAAAUACCCUGUGUUUUAUGAUGAGGUGUGUUCACUCCUAAACUGCACAUGAUAUAUUCUUAUGUGGCUUCUCCUCAAAGAUGUGUAUGAACUGCUGCUGGUUGAUGACUAUAUACCUAAAACGUAACAACUUGUAACUCUACUUUCAUAAAUAGGUUUCCCCAUCUCCUCCCAUACCAUGGGCCAGAGGAGCAUGACCUUCUGGGUGAGGAGUUUCUAAAUUAUCAGACCAUGCCAAUGAUAUCCCUGCAGGACGAAACUGAAAUGGAAAGCUUCUGGGCUGAAAUGGCAACCCGGAAGCAUAAGGUAAACAUUUUUUCCUUUUUUGACUUUCCUUUUGGCAGGUGUGGCUUGGCUACAUCUGUUGCUUAAAAUCGUUGCAUGCAUAUAUGUGUCAUGCAUGUUGCAAAUUAUGCAUGUUUUUAUCUGAACUUUGUUAAUGGAUCAACCUACAGUAUACUUACAGUAUUAAUCAAUCAAAAAUCAAGGUAUGUUUUUCCAUUGUGUUUUGGUGCAUUUUCCAUAGGUGACAGGAGCCAAAGAAUUCGAGAGGCUUGCUGCCGUCGCCAAGCUUGUCCUGGUGUUUCCCCAUGCAAACGCAGAUGCUGAGAGGGGGUUUUCAGUUGUGGGACUGAACAAAACCAAGAGAAGAAACGGCCUAGCAUUGGAUGGCACCUUGUCCUCAAUAAUGACCAUAAAGAUGGCCAAUCUGGAGCCCUGCUUCAAAUGGGAGCCCCCCUCCGAUAUCAUCAAGGCCUCCAAGAAGGCCACAGGCCAGUAUAACCAUGCCGACAGAUCAUAGACAAGAGGCUCAUUUGAGAUGAGCCAGGUCUGCGCAGAAUCGAUCACCGGCGAUCACCGCCCAAUGCAUGCUGGUUAGAUUUGUGUCCGACUUAAUCCCGACUUUCUCUGACGUCAUGCACACGAGGGCAACGAUAACCUCAUGAGAUCAAGGCGGCCGCAGUUCUGAGACGCAGGCAGUGCAAUUGCUUUUCACCGACUGCAGGAACCAGGCGGACUCAGGACAAAAUCUCACUCCAAGGUUUUUUGAAAAGUUGGCAGGUAUGGUUUUCCCUUUUGAACCUACAAAAAAUAAUAAUACCUCUGUGAAAAGGUAGCUAGGCCUCACCAUAGAUUUAUCUUGGGCCCAUUGAUAGGGCCUAACCCACAGUGACCAUCGCCACACUUAUACUGACCACUAGUGGCGAUGAAAAAAGAAUGCAUGUCUGGCCCAAUAAUUUGUUUCCUCCCCUACUGUAGGAGUGGUCUACUAGAAUGGCAACAGUAACUCUGACCAAUCAAAAAGCAUAUUUUAAUAAUUGGUACUAUGAUUCGUCAUAUGAAAUGUCAAUCUAGACUCUCACCGAAUAAGAAAACAAUGUGGAAGGCAAUCAAUGCCCACUGCGGUCUCUGCUUUGAUAGUGACGUGAGCAGGUGUGUGUCGCCAUUAUUUUAUCAACCGGUUCAUAGUAACCUAUUGCCUUAUAAUUGUGAUAUAAAAAAUGAUUUCGAUUGUUUUUUUUUCUCCAACAUAGGACUUUGAUAUUUUUGCAACAACUACAGUACUAUAGGAUAUAACUAGCUAACAGUUUCUCGUUAGCUUGGCUGACUGACUGACUGGCCGGCCAUCUAGCUAGGGACAAGGCUUGCAAAAAUCUAGCAUAAUCUGUCAUUUUUGUUUUAACAUAGCAGCAAUUCGGCGUGUUAAGUAGUUGGUGAGGUUCGCUAACUAACUAGCUGUCAACUUGCCUUUUGGUUAGCUAAUAUCCUCAAGCCGGCAGAUCACGACAUUAUAGUUACGUUAACCGGUGGUGGCUACAUAGGUAGUAGCUACAGUAGCUUGUUAGCAAAUCGUAUUUCCACAAGGAUUCAAAAGUAGUUUGUAGUUGGAGUCUACUGAUACGGAGCUGGCAACAUCAUUCAAGUUUGCAAGGUAGGUAACUAUGCUAGCUAGCUACCUUCAUGUUAGCCAUUUUAGAGGGGCCCUUCCUUGGCCUGUCUGAAAUAAGCAGUCAGCUAGUCAGGCACGUCCUAUCAGGUGCGUGGGCAAUAUCAGGUUGAACGCUGUUGAAGUAACGUAGCUAAAUUCAACUCAAUUUGAGAGAGUGCCUCAGUAAUAAAUAUUAUAUCCGGGGUGGCUAUACUGUGUGUGUCUACACAAUACAUUUUACUCUUCUGGCAAUGAUGCAUAUAGCCUUUGAGUCAACAAUUUGUCGGAUUUUGCAGUAGGUGGCCAAGCCUGACAAGAUGUCAGAGGGAGAAGGGAAGCAGGCGUCGGACUCUGUCCAGGAGGGGAAAACAGAGGCUAUGGUCUCUGCCCCCACUGGUCAGAGCGUGUCAUCCGUGUCCCCCCCAGUGUCCACUGUGACACAGCCCCCUGCCACAGCAGCGACAGAGGACGAGGAAGAGGAGAGCGAGGACGAGUCAGAGAUUCUGGAGGAGAGCCCUUGCGGACGCUGGCAGAAACGUAGAGAGGAGGUAUGCAAUGAACAUGUGCUGGAGACAAGAAAAUUGUUACUUUUUGUGUUUUUAGUCUUGUUUUUUUACACAACUAUUGUUAAAUCAGAUGGAGAAUAUUAGUGUAAUCCAACACUUUGUUCCUCGUUUUAGGUGAACCAGCGCAAUGUCCCUGGGAUUGACAACGCCUACCUGGCCAUGGACACCGAGGAGGGCGUGGAGGUGGUGUGGAAUGAGGUCAUGUUCUCAGAGCGGAAGAACUUCAAAUUGCAGGAGGUGGGUUGAGUUCUCAGCCAGGGCUCAGCUGCAACAGAACCAUGCGCUAUGUGAUGGCAUAAUGAUCAGUUAUCACCCAUUCAUCACCACCUCUGCUGACCAUCUAGCUAUCACAUCCUCUCAUGACUGCGGCUGCCCAUCUGCUUCAAGAAGCACUCAAACAGACUUGAUCAAGCUGAUCUAGCUACUGUUGGAGCAUAUAUUUAUUUUUAAAUUACUUGUUGUUCAUUUGGUUUAACAUGCACUUUGAGAUUGUCUAAUGAACAAUGCAGAGUUGAAAAGUAAGAACAAUUUGUAAAAAAAAAAAAAAAAAAAAAGGAUAUAUACAAGGAGUACUGGUACCGAAAUGUGCAGGGGUUCGAGGUAGUUGAGGUAAUAUGUACAUGCAGAUAGGGGUAAAAGUGGCUAGGCCAUCAGGAUAGAUGAUAAAGAGUAGCAGCAGCGUGUGUAGAGUCCUGUGAGUGUGCAUAGUCAGUGCCACCCCCCCCCAUUUUUUUUGGGGUCAAUGCAAAUAGUCUGGUAGAUAUGUGAUUAACUGUUCAGCAGUCUUAUGGCUUGGGGGUAGAAGCUGUUUAGGAGCCUUUUGGUCCCAGACUUGGCGCUCCGGUACCGCUUGUUGUGCGGUAGCAGAAAGAUCAGUCUAUGACUAGGGUGGCUGGAGUCUUUGACAAUUUUUAGGGCCUUCCUCUGACACCGCCUGGUAUAGAUGUUCUGGAUGGCAGGGAGCUCUGCCCCAGUGAUGCACUGGACAGUAUGCACUACCCUCUGUAGUGCCUUACGGUUGGAUGCCAAGCAGUUGCCAUACCAAAUGGUGAUGCAACCAGUCAAGAUGCUCUCAAUGGUCCAACUGUAUAACUUUUUGUGGAAUUGAGGGCCCAUGCCAAAUCUUUUCAGCCUCCUGAGGGGGAAGAGGUGUUGCCAGCUCCUGUAGUCCACGAUCAGCUCCUUUGUCUUGCUGGCGUUGAGGGAGAGCUUGUUGUCCUGGUACCACACUGCCAGGUCUCUGGCUUCCUCCCUAUAGGCUGUCUCAUCGUCGUCGGUGAUCAGGCCCACCACCAUCAUAACGUUGGCAAACUUAAUGAUGGUGUUGGAGUCGUGAGCGGCCACGCAGUAAUGGGUGAACAGAGAGUACAGGAGGGACUAAGCAUGCACCCCUGAGUGGCCCUGUAAUUGAUGCUUUGCCUUUUUGAUGGAUCGUCGGAGGACGUAGCGGGAUUUCUUAUAAGCAUCCGGAUUAGUGUCCCACUCCUUGAAAGCAGCAGCUCUAGCCUUUAGCUCAGUGUGGAUGUUGCCUGUAAUCAUUGGUGUUGAGCAUGUCACUGGUUUUCCUGUUUGAGUUUUUGCUUGUAAGCCAGAAUCAGGAUGAUAGCGUUAUGGUCAGAUUUUCCAAAUGGAGGGCGAGGCAGAGCUUUGUUUCAACUCUGUGUGGAUUAAGGGUGAUCUAGAGUAUUUGUCGCCUCUAUUUGCACAGGUGACAUGCUGGUAGAAAUUAGGUAAGACUGAUUUAAGUUUUCCUGAAUUUAAAUCACUGACCACUAGUCAGCGCCGCCUCUGGGUUAGUCUUUUCUGUUUGCUUAUGGCCCUAUACAGCUCGUUGAGUGCGGUCUUAGGGCCAGCAUCAGUUUUGUGGUGGUGAAUAGACAGCUAAUAAUUGUUUUAAUGAAAACUCUCUUGGUAAAUAGUGUGGUCUACAGCUUAUCAUGAGCUAUUCUAACUCAGGUGAGCAGAACCUCAAGGCUUACUUAAUAGUAGAGAUCGUGCAGCAGCUGUUGUUGACAUAGGAUAUUUGUUUUUUAGAUCAUGUUCAUAAAAUAGAAUUGAACGGAGAUCAUCUAGUUUAUUGUCUACUGAUUGCAAGUUUGCCAAGCGCUACGGCGGGUGGAGGCGGCGUAGUCUCAUCAGGUAUCUCGCACGCUAGCCUCUAACGCUGUCUCUUCCUUUUUUGAGUGUCGGGGAUUUGCCGCCAGGUCCAGGAUGAGCAGCAUAGCCUUCGCUGCCGACUCAUUGAAGUAAAAAUCCUCAUCCAAAUCGAGGUUAGCUCUUUUCGGUCAUAGGAAACGCGCAAAACACACAAAGUAGCCCAAUUCGUCAGGAGCCUGUAAACGGCUGCUAUUCCCUCCAGUGCCAUUCUUUUCACCUUGCAUCAUAAAUAACUUAUUUUGCCAUUUAAUUGUGAUCUAAAAGGCAAAACUGAUCCUAGAUCAGCACUCUUACUCUGAGACAGUUGAUACGUACGGCCCCAGAUCCUAGAAAUAGGAGAACACAUAGUGUUAUAACAGUAAUCCUUCUACCCCCACCCCCCAUGGAUAAGAGCGUCUGCUAAAUGACUUGAAUGUAAAUGUAAAUAGUGGUCUUUGCUCUGGCUUGGAGCUCAUCAGCUCCAGGCAGAGGUGAAUCAGUAUUAGUUUUUCUCUUGUCCUAAGCUCCUUAGUGCUCAGAUGCACCAGUAACGUUUGCUGGGCCAGAGUACUUCAUUUGCGAACCGUAAUUUUGAGAACCGAGUGAGCACCGAUUUCUGCAUGUAGAUUUGUGUGAAAAUGUCGUCAUUCAGACGUCUACAGCAUAUGGUCCCUAAAACACAGCGCGCUGAACCAUCGGCACACGAAUGCAAGAUCCACAUUUGGAGUAGUCCUACCCGUUGCUACCAAACCUAUAGGAAAGUACACUCUCUUUACCAAGUUUUAAUAAAACCGUUCAUAGAAACUGAGACACAGGUUGUUGAGUAAUCCUCAGGCACAAUCCUCUCGCACAUUAGGUUUUUAAACCUUUUUCUGUGGGCUGGGUCAUGUUCAUAAGGGUGCAUAACGUUUUAAAAUGUUUUGAGGGGAAAACAAAAAUGAGCAUUUCUUAUUGGACAAGUGCAGGUCCAUCUUCUGUUGGGUGCUAAAUGAACACGACCCUGUUCUUGGCUGUGUUCCUCUCUGUGACUGUCUAGGCCCUGAGCAGUCUGUUUGGAGCUUGUCAGUGUUCUCUCAGACAGUGUAGUCUGCCUUCUGUUCUGCAUGUUGACACGCUGUGUUGGCGUCUGUUGAACACCGGCUGAGCAUUGAGUAGGAUGAGCUACCUUUUUAGUUUGAAUAGUUUUUAAUAGUUCCUGGAAGUCUCCAGAUGUUGCGCUUCUGAGUUUAGGUGGCAGGUAGCCUAGCGGUUAGAGUGUUGGGCCAGUAACCGAAAGGUCACUGGUUCGAAUACCUGAGCUGACAAGAUAAAUCUGUCGACGUGCCCGUGAGCAAGGCACUUAACCCUAAUUUGCUUCGAGGGUGCCGUACUAUUAUUGCUGACCCUGUAAAACAACACAUUUCACUGCACCUAAUGUAUGUGACAACUUUUUAUUUUAUUUGUAUUAGUAUUUUAUUUGUUUUACUCUGUGGAGAAAGUAUGACUUGCAGAGAUGCUGAACUAACCUUUGCUUUACCUUUUGUUUGGCAAGAGCGAGACCGGAUCAUAUUCUGAGUAGUUGGAGUUGAUACCGUCCAGCGUAAUAUGUGCAAGAACAUUCUUGUCUUUCCUUUAGAAGUCAGGAUUGUCAUCUGUUGUCAGACAUAUAAGCCCUAGUUAUUCAAAAUCUCCUGUGGCCACAUCGCCCACAAUCAAACAAAUGUAGACCGGGUUAGACAAUGUAAAAAUACAAAUGACAUCCCCAUGAAAAGAAACAGAAACACAGACAUUAUCCCAGGCUAAGGGGUUUAGUUUGUUAUAAUGACUUUGUCUUAAUUGGGCUUAACUGCAUCCGGUAAUACCUUAGCAGAUGACAAGCGAGAGAAUGUAAAUUUGGACUGAAGUGUUGAGCUCCUUGACAUCAAUCAUGCUUAUUAGUUGAUGAUUGUGAGGAAUGUUUGAUUGAUUGCAAAUAUAUUGAUAUUUUCUUUCUCCUUUUUCUCACUGUCUGUCCAUCAGGAGAAAGUCAAAGCGGUGUUUGACAACUUGAUCCAGUUGGAGCAUCUGAACAUUGUCAAGUUUCACAAGUACUGGGCUGAUGUGAAGGAAAAUAGGGCCAGGGUAAGAGAGAUUUUAAAUGCUGUAAAAUAACUACCUUUUUAAUAGUAAGAAAUUAACUGAAUGUAUUACACAGGAAAUGUAUAAGUUUUUCCACUCGCAGGUCAUUUUCAUCACAGAAUACAUGUCUUCAGGAAGCCUGAAGCAGUUUCUGAAAAAGACCAAGAAAAACCACAAGACGAUGAAUGAGAAGGUACGGAUGGAUUGUUAGUCUGUUUUGAUCUUAAAGGGGCUGUGAUUGCUGCAUACAUUUUCUUACUUUUAAAUUAAUGAUACAGUGCAUUCGGAAAGUAUUCAGACCCCUUCACGUUUUCCACAUUUUGUCAUGUUACGGCCUUAUUCUAAAAUUGAUUUAAUAAUACCCCAUAAUGACAAAGCAAAAACAGGUUUUUAGAAAUGUUUGCUAAUAUAUUAAAAAUGUAAAACUGAAAUUACAUUUACACAAGUAUUCUGACUCUUUACUCAGUACUUUGUUGAAGCACAUUUGGCAGGGAUUUAGCCUCAAGUCUUCUUGGGUAUGAUGCGACAAGCUUGGCACACCUGUAUUUGGGGAGUCUGGGCUCUGGCUGGGACAUUGAGACUUGUCCCGAAGCCACUCCUGCGUUGUCUUGGCUGUGUGCUUAGGGUCGUUGUCCUGUUGGAAGGUGAACCUUCACCCCAGUCUGAGGUCCUAAGCGCUCUGGAGCAGGUUUUCAUCAAGGAUCUCGCUGUACUUUGCUUCAUUAAUCUUUCCCUUGAUCCUGACUAGUCUCCCAGUCCCUGCUGCUGAGAAACAUCCCCACAGCAUGAUGCGUCCACCACCAUGCUUCACCUUAGAGAUGGUAUUGGUCAGGUGAUGAGCGGUGCCUGGUUUCCUCCAGACGUGACGCUUGGUAUUCAGGCCAAAGCGUUCAAUCUUGGUUUCAUCAGACCAGAGAAUCUUGUUUCUCAUGGUCUGAGAGUCCUUUAGGUGCCUUUUGGCAAACUCCAAGUGGGCUGUCAUUUACCUUUUGCUGAGGAGUGGCUUCUGUCUGACCACUCUACCAUAAAGUCCUGGUUGGUGGAGUGCUGCAGAGAUGGUUGGUUGUCCUUCUGGAAGGUUCUCCCAUCUCCGCAGAGGGACUCUGGAGCUCUGUCAGAGUGACCAUCGAGUGGUACCUCCCUGACCAAGGCCCUUCCACCGAUUGCUCAGUUUGGCCGGGCGGCCAGCUCUAGGAAGAGUCUUGGUGGUUCCAAACUUCUUCCACUUAAGAAUGAGGGAGGCCACUGUGUUCUUGGGGACCUUCAAUGCUGCAGAAAUGUUUUGGUACUCUUCCCCAGAUCUGUGCCUCGACACAAUCCUGUCUCGGAGCUCUACGGACAAUUCCUUUGACCUCAUGGCUUGGUUUUUGCUCUGACAUGCACUGUCAACUGUGGGACCUUAUAUAGACAGGUGUGUGUGUGCCUUUCCAAAUCAUGUCCAAUCAAUUGAAUUUACCACAGGUGGACUCCAAUCAAGUUGUAUAAACAUCUCAUGGAUGAUCAAUGUAAACAGGAUGCACUUGAGCUCAAUUUCGAGUCUCAUAGCAAAGUUUUUUUUUUUUUUUUUUUAUAUUUAAUGAAUUUGCAAAAAUGUCAAACCUGUUUUUGCUUUGUCAUUAUGGGGUAUUGUGUGUAGAUUGAUGAGGAAAAUGUUUUAUUUAAUCCAUUUUAGAAAAAGGCUGUAAUGUAACAAAGUUGAAAAAGUCAAGUUGUCUGAAUACUUUCCGAAUGCACUGUGUGUGUGUGUGUGUGUAUAUAUAUCCAUUGAUUCUUUAAGAAUACCACUUAUAAAUACGUAGAAAUGUAUGCACACAUGACUGUAAGUUGCUUUGGAUAAAAGCGUCUGCUAAAUGGCAUUAUUAUUAUUAUAAAGGCCUCAUGUGCUUAGUAUAACUGUCGUGCCCCAUCAGAACCUUGUUUGUAAGAAAUGUAAUUUUAAACACACUGUAUCCUCUAAACAUGGUUAAAAAUGUUGAUAUCAUGGAUGGGCAGUCCUUGCAUCCAUAGCUUCGUAUAUGAAUUUGAGUGGUUACAUUUCUCCAGCCCCACCCAAAUCAAAGUUUAUUGGUCUUGUACACAGAUUUUUUUCCCCUCAGCUCUUUACCGAAACAGUGGCGGGGUGUUCGCUUUGCUAUUGUUUGAACUACAGAUUGCCCCUUAAAGAACUGAUUUUAAAUUAAAUGAACAAACAGAAAUGAAUACAGGACGAGCGGAAACAAGACUGACCCAAAUGGAGCUGUAAGCAGAAUGUACUGUGCCUUGCAAAAGUAUUCAUCCCCUUUGGCGUUUUUCCUAUUUUGUUGCAUUACAACCUGUAAUUUAAAUUGAUUUUUAUUUGGAUUGCAUGUAAUGGACAUACACAAAAUAGUCCAAAUUGGUGAAGUGAAAUGAAAAAAAUAACUUGUUUCAAAAAAUUCUAAAAAAUUAAUAACGGAAAAGUGGUGCGUGCAUAUGUAUUCACCCCCUUUGCUAUGAAGCCCCUAAAUAAGAUCUGGUGCAACCAAUUACCUUCAGAAGUUACAUAAUUAGUUAAAUAAAGUCCACCUGUGUGCAAUCUAAGUGUCACAUGAUCUCAGUAUAUAUACACCUGUUCUGAAAGGCCCCAGAGUCUGCAACACCACUAAGCAAUGGGCCACCACCAAACAAGCGGCACCAUGAAGACCAAGGAGCUCUCCAAACAGGUCAGGGGAAAAAGUUGUGUAGAAGUACAGAUCAGGGUUGGGUUGUAAAUUUUUUUAUCAGAAACUUUGAACAUCCCACGGAGCACCAUUAAAUCCAUUAUUAAAAAAUGGAAAGAAUAUGGCACCACAACAAACCUGCCAAGAGAGGGCCGUCCACCAAAACUCACAGACCUAAUCAGAGAGGCAACAAAGAGACCAAUGUUAACCCUGAAGGAGCUGCAAAGCUCCACAGCGGAGAUUGGAGUAUCUGUCCUUAGGACCACUUUAAGCCAUACACUCCACAGAGCUGGGCUUUACAGAAGAGUGGCCAGAAAAAAUCCAUUGCUUAAAGAAAAAAAUAAGCAUGUGGGAGACUCCCCGAACAUAUGGAAGAAGGUACUCUGGUCAGAUGAGACUAAAAUUGAACUUUUUGGCCAUCAAGGAAAACGCUAUGUCUGGUGCAAACCCAACACCUCUCAUCACCCCGAGAACACCAUCCCUACAGUGAAGCAUGGUGGUGGCAGCAUCAUGCUGUGGGGAUGUUUUUCAUCGGCAGGGACUGGGAAACAGGUCAGAAUUUGAAGGAAUGAUGUAUGGUGCUAAAUACAGGGAAAUUCUUGAGGGAAACCUGUUUCAGUCUUCCAGAGAUUUGAGACUGGGACGGAGGUUCACCUUCCAGCAGGACAAUGACCCUAAGCAUACUGCUAAAGCAACACUUGAGUGGUUUAAGGGGAAACAUUUAAAUGUCUUGGAAUGGCCUAGUCAAAGCCCAGACCUCAAUCCAAUUGAGAAUCUGUGGUAUGACUUAAAGAUUGCUGUACACCAGCGGAACCCAUCCAACUUGAAGGAGCUGGAGCAGUUUUGCCUUGAAGAAUGGGGAAAAAUCCCAGUGGCUAGAUGUGCCAAGCUUAUAGAGACAUACCCCAAGAGACUUGCAGCUGUAAUUACUGCAAAAGGUGGCUCUACAAAGUGGGGUGGGGGGGGGGGGGGGGGUGAAUAGUUAUGCACGCUCAAGUUUUCUGUUUUUUUGUCUUAUUGUUUGUUUCACAAUAAAAAUAUUUUGCAUCUUCAAAGUGGUAGGCAUGUUGUGUAAAUCAAAUGAUACAAAAAAUCUAUUUUAAUUUCAGGUUGAAAGGCAACAAAUAUGAAAAAUGCCAAGGGGGGUGAAUACUUUCGCAAGCCACUGUAUGUCACCUGUAUGCUCUGCCUUGGUUUCCCAUAGCUCAGUUAAAUAUUCCCACUCAUUUUGGCUGCAGGCGGGGGCUGUGUCCCAUUUAUUUGGUCUUGUGACAGCCCUAUUUGAAUUAACCUACUGUUAAUGCAUACAUUUCCCGCUGUUGCAACAACAAAAAAAAUCAAACCUAAUCUGGUUAUUUACAGAAGUAACACUUCAAGAACCACAUGGUAAUCGCAUGUCAAGUAGGUUUGAAUGUAAUCUCUGCUGUCUCUGUUGUACUUCACUUCUCUAUCAGGCCUGGAAGCGCUGGUGUACACAGAUACUGUCUGCUCUCAGGUCAGUCACUCACUCACACACAGCAGUACAUAUAUCCAUAUUGGACUAAGCUCCCCUUUGAGGCCCCUGGAGCCAGUUCUGUUUUUUCAAAACUCACACUUCUCUUGAAGCAUCCUGUAAACUUUCUCUCCUCUCCCUAGCUAUCUUCACUCCUGUGACCCUCCCAUCAUCCACGGCAACCUGACCUGUGACACCAUCUUCAUCCAGCAUAAUGGCCUCAUUAAGAUUGGCUCAGGUGGGUCUCAUAUCCGUCAAUCACGCUAAAUGUCAACCCUUUCAGAGAAGGGAGUAUUUUGAGAGAAUGGUAUUUAGAAGGGGGUCUUUUCAGAGAAGGGUAUUUUUAGUCUCUUUAAAACCAGGGCCUUGUUCAGUAGGGAGGAAACAAUUUGAAAUGGAGUAAAAUGGGGACGUAUUAGCUGAACACAGAUUUCAUUAUCCAUUGCAAAACGUUUUGCUAUGGUGCGCCCUACUGAACAUACCCCAGGUGGCACUUGCAGGCCUGUCCCAAGCCUAACGUUCCCCAUUCCCUUUGGGCUAAUUUGUGACUUGUCUGUUACAGUGGCCCCAGACACCAUCAACAACCAUGUCAAGACCUGUCGGGAGGAGCAGAAGAGCCUGCACUUCUUUGCUCCCGAGUAUGGAGGUAGGUAACCUUUGACCAAUUGUCUCUUUUGAGAAACCGUGUAGUGGAGCUGGUUUUCUAGUGACAUUGAUUGACGUUGGUCUUUUUCUAGCUGUUGCAGACGUCACCACUGCAGUGGACAUUUAUUCCUUUGGAAUGUGUGCCUUAGAGGUCAGUGAAGAAUGUUGACUUGUUUCUGUUUUGUUAUUCUCACAAAAAAGAAACUGAAAGAAUUUAAAUGAAAAUGAAGUUAAUCAUGAAGUCGAUGGCUAUAGCCUUGCUCCAUGGCAACUAGAAAUGUUGUAGUCCAACAGUCUACUUCUAGUCCUGUUUCUAAUCUUCUAUUCCCCACACCACCUCGUCUAUUCCCCACACCACCUCGUCUCUUCCCCACACCACCUCGUCUCUUCCCCACACCACCUCGUCUCUUCCCCACACCACCUCGUCUCUUCCCCACACCACCUCGUCUCUUCCCCACACCACCUCGUCUCUUCCCCACACCACCUCGUCUCUUCCCCACACCACCUCGUCUCUUCCCCACACCACCUCGUCUCUUCCCCACACCACCUCUUCUAUUCCCCACACCACCUCGUCUCUUCCCCACACCACCUCUUCUAUUCCCCACACCACCUCGUCUCUUCCCCACACCACCUCGUCUCUUCCCCACACCACCUCGUCUCUUCCCCACACCACCUCUUCUAUUCCCCACACCACCUCGUCUCUUCCCCACACCACCUCGUCUCUUCCCCACACCACCUCGUCUCUUCCCCACACCACCUCGUCUCUUCCCCACACCACCUCUUCUAUUCCCCACACCACCUCGUCUCUUCCCCACACCACCUCGUCUCUUCAGAUGGCUGUACUGGAGAUCCAGAGCAACGGCGAGUCGUCGUACGUGUCCCAAGAAGCCAUCAACAGUGCCAUUCAGUUCCUGGAGGAUCCGCUGCAGAGGGUGAGUUGGGGGCCCUGGCCUAGUAGCAAACACAACUGAUUCCUUAAGAGACACUACAUUAUGCAUACUGCAACCAAGGGAUGUGUUGCAUUGAAAUACAGAAUUGGUUUGUCCUGAAGGGUAUUACCCAGUCCAGCCAUAACAUAACUAUAGUCUAUAUAGACGGGUUGCCUGACAACGUCACAAAAAUGAUGCGCUUGCAUGACAGGGGUAAAAGGCGUUUAUGAUUCUGAACGGACAGAUAGCUAGCAACAAUGACAAGUAGCAUCCAUGUAGGGAAUCGUAGGUUGCUCGUUUCGGCUCGUAUCUUGUUCUUGACACAAUGUCUUGUUUUUGAGGUGUUUUGACUGUCUAUGCUUAUAUGGCAAACAUUCGCUAGCUACCUAACCAACCAGUGUAACAAUGUUUGAGAGACGAGUGCUUGUUGUGCGAAUGCAUUUAUUUUUUCAAUAAACAUUUGGAGACUAAAUAGUUUACUUGUUGUCCAUAAUCCUUUGAAUGUAAGCCAACCCUGUCUGUUUUGCCCCAAAGUUGCGCAUGCGUUGGUUUUGUUGCUAAACAAACCACUAUAGUUCAUAGUGUUCUUAAAGGGAUAGUUCACUGUCUGUUUUCAGACCUGGUCUAAUGUCCAAGUGAGUCCAUGUCACUAGACCAUUUUUGAGCUCUGAAAACAUUUGACAAACUUUGAUUUUAUUAUUUACAUUUCUCUAUCACCUGUAUGUGUGUUUUGCCUGUAGCAGGAGUUCAUCCAGGCAUGACAUUUCUCUUUUAAUGCCUGUGUUGUCCAGGACUGAACAUUCUCCAUUUUAAUACCUGUGUUGUUCAGGACUGAACAUUCUCCAUUUUAAUACCUGUGGUAGGAGUUCAUCCAGAAGUGUCUGGAGCAGGACCCCAGCAAGCGGCCCACGGCCAAAGAGCUGCUGUUCCACCAGGCCCUGUUUGAGGUGCCCUUGCUGAAGCUGCUGGCAGCGCACUGCAUCGUCAGCCACCAGCGUGAGUAACAAGACACACACACACACACACAUACACUGCGACACACACACACACACACAGAAAUUGACACUGACACACACAAACUGUCAUUGGACUAUCCCUGUCUCCGUCGUGUAGACAUGAUUCCAGAAAAUGCUCUAGAGGACAUGACGAAGAACAUGGACCUCAACCUGGUGAUCGUGGAGUGCAAGGACGGAGUUCAGAUGAAGUGAGUCUUAGAUCAACUAUCUAUUCUAUCUCUUGGAAUCCAAAAAUGAUUGACAUUUUUUAAAUCUUAAAUGACGUUCAGAUUUUUAGCCAUCUCCACUAGCACAUAACUGAGAAGGGAAGCAACACAUGGUCCCCAACUGCUGUUUAUUCUCCUAUUGAGACAUGGUUGAUGUUGAAGUGACUUGACAGCGGACCAACCAGGAACAAUCUGUUGAUGUCCACAGGCUUUCCCAGUUCCCUGCUCUUGAGCUGGACAAGUUCCUGGAAGAUGUGAGGUAGGGGAACGUGUGUGUGUGUGUGUGUGUGUUUCUGUAGAGGUGUGUGUGUUUCUGUAGAGGUGUGUGUGUGUGUGUGUGUGUGUGUGUGUGUGUUUCUGUAGAGAUGUGUGUAUGAGACGUCUAACUCACGGCCCCCCCGCUCUCUGGUGUUUCAGGAAUGGGAUCUACCCGCUGACAGCUUUUGGGGUGCCUGGCCCCAAGCAGCCAGAGCAGGAAGCAGUGAAGUCCCCCAUCGUGCCCCCAUCAGUCAAAAGCCCCACCCCCGAGCCUGCAGAGCUGGAGACCAGAAAGGUAAGACCUAAAGGAGGAGGGGAGGGGACAGAGAUGGAUUGAAAGUGUAGGUAGUAGUAUGAUAGACCAUAUGUGGUACAUUUUUAAAUAAAUAGAUCAAUGGGUGAGUGAUUAAAAAGGGAGCUAUUUAUUUUUGUCCAAAUAUGUAGUCUACUGUUUUAAUUUCUGCCCAGGUCCUACAGAUGCAGUGCAACAUCGAGCCUGUUGACGAGGGCGCCAAACAUCACGUAAGUCUCAUGACUAUUCAUAAAUGCUGAUCUAAGAUCAGGUUAACCCCGUCCAUGUAAUCUUAUUCAUUAUGAUCUAAAAGGAAAAACGGAUCCUAGAUUAGCCCUCCAACUCUAAGACGCUUUGUAAAUACAGCCCGGGGUAAGUGGCCUGUCUGUUCAGUUCAGAUUUCAAACCUAAAAAAUAAUAAUUUACACUACCGUUCAAAAGUUUGGGGUCACUUAGAAAUGUCCUUGUUUUGGAAAGAAAAGCCAUUUUUUUUGUCCAUUUAAAAUAACAUCAAAUUGAUCAGAAAUACAGUGUAGACAUUGUUAAUGUUGUAAAUGGCUAUUGUAGCUGGAAACUGCUGAUUGUUAAUGGAAUAUCUACAUAGGCCUACAGAGGCCCAUUAUCCGCAACCAUCAGUCCUGUGUUCCAAUGGCACGUUGUGUUUGCUAAUCCAAGUUUAUCAUUUUAAAAGGCUAAUUGAUCAUUAGAAAACCAUUUUUCAAUUAUGUUAGCACAGCUGAAAACUGUUGUGCUGAUUAAAGAAGCAAUAAAACUGGCCUUCUUGAGACUAGUUGAGUAUCUUGAGCAUCAGCAAUUGUGGGUUGGAUUACAGGCUCAAAAUGGCCAGAAACAAGUAAUGCGAGAAAUUGCCAAGAAACUGAAGAUCUUGUACAACGCUGUGUACUACUCCCUUCACAGAACAGCGCAAACUGGCUCUAACCAGAUUAGAAAGAGGAGUGGGAGGCCCCGGUGCACAACUGAGCAAGAGGACAAAUACAUUAGUGUCUAGUUUGAGAAACAAACGCCUCACAGGUCCUCAACUGGCAGCUUCAUUAAAUAGUACCCACAAAACACCAGUCUCAACGUCAACAGUGAAGAGGCGACUCCGGGAUGCUGACCUUCUAGGCAGAGUUGCAAAGAAAAAGCCAUAUCUCAGACUGCCCAUCUUAAUCUUUAUUUUUACGGUAGUGUGUAUAUAUAAUCUAUAUACAUACACACACAUCUCUAUCUUGCUUAUUUUUUCAGCUUACGCUGUUGCUGAAACUUGAGGACAAGUUGAACAGGCACUUAAGUUGUGAUUUGUUACCAAGUAAGUAUCCACACACGCUUAGUCCAUGCUAGGGUUGAUUUGGGGGUGUUCAGAGCUAUAUUUUGCAUGCUGUAUUUAUAAAUACUUAGGCAUUUGGAUUGAUGUUUAAAAAUAUACAGAUGAGCUGGUUAAGAAGCUAAGAGAUAAAGUUGGCUUUUUCUACAGAAACAGAUGGUGCCUUUCUCUAAGCAGUAGGAAGCAGAUAAUUCAGUCAACCUUUUAUCUGUUCUUGAUUAUGGUGAUAUUACUCUUAAACUACUACUCUUAACCCUUUGGAUGCCAUCUACCAUACUCUUGAGCUUCCUAGGGUCUCCACAGCUAAGUGAAUCUGCUUUUAGUUUUAAUGCACCUUUUUGCUGGAACAAAAUUCUAAAUAUAUUUAAUGUUGAUGUACUGGUGCCGUUCGGUCAAUUUAAAGUAUUGAUUGGGGAUUUAUUUGUGGAUGAAUGUGACUGUUUUUAUUUGUGCUUACCAUGAUUGUGUUUUUGUGUUCUUGUGUGUCUCCUUUUAUAUGUAUAUUCAUGUGUAUUUGAUAUUGAAUGAUACAGGGCGCAUUUGGAAAAGAGACCUCUGUCUUCCCUGUCAAAAUAAAGGUUCAAUAAAAUAUAAAUAUUACACAUCGAGAGUGAUGUUGUACUUUACCUUAAAUGUAUUUUCAGAUUUUUCUGAGAGAAUGAGUGGGGAAAGAUGGUUGUCAAAGGGCAGUAGGACGGAUUCAAACCUAUGCCCACACUGUAGCCAUGUGUGCCGGUUGGCGCAGCAUUAUCGCUAGACCAGCCAGGUCACAGGGUUGUUGACUUGUGUGUUUUGUGUACAGAUGAGAACGUGCAGGAGCUGGCCGUGGAGCUCGUUCAGCUGGGAUUCAUCAGCGAGGUAAGACAAGGGGUCACGACCCCUGUGACCUCACAGCACGCCUGCAGCCCCAGGCUCAAAACACUCCAGCACCAGCAGGAUUAAGAGGGCUGAGGAUGAGGCAUUCUGACAAUUUGCCUUUCAAAUGGGGUCCUGAAUUGUCUUUUUUUCUCGACCAGGGCGACCAGCCACGACUCGCUUCGGUUCUGGAAGAGGCCUUCUCCAAGUUCUACAGCCGGAACGGCUUCUUGAAUCCGGUCACCGUCUCCUCAUAGCAGAGGAGCCUCACCCCCCCCCCCCUCUCCUCAACCAUCCCCCUCGUUCUCAUCCUCUCCCACAGGACUUCGGUGUCCCUGCCUUGGCCUGUCCCCCCC